GCGCAAGCGCAGAAGCCUCGGGCUGAAGGAGGAGAAAAAAAAUCACCCGAAGCGUCACGGACCGGUGCAGCAGCAGCAGCAGCAGCAGCAGUGUGCCUCCAUCACGAACAGUGAGAGAGAGAGAGGGAGAGGGAGAGAGAGAGAGAGAGAGAGAGAGAGAGAGAGAGAGAGAGCGCUACAUCGCCCCUUUACCACCCAGCAUCUUCACCGGCUAACAGCGAACUCGAGUGGGAACACACAAGUAUACUCAGGCUGUCCUCCGGUGUCCAGAGUUCCCCCCUUUCCUCCUCCUCCUCCUCAAAAUGUCCGUGGGCAGUGACUUUGGGAACCCUUUAAGAAAAUUCAAACUCGUCUUUCUGGGGGAGCAAAGUGGUAAGUUUUGUUUUUAUUCUCCUGAGAAGUUCCGGUAUGCUCGUGAGUCAAGUGAACCCGUUGCACCUGCUCACCAGUUAGCAACUUCAUCAGCGGUUAAGCGUUCGUUUCGAGUGCAGACAUUUCAGCCGUAGAAGAAGAACACGGUUAAACGUGUGUUUUAAGUUUAUGCAAGUGAGUGUUGGUUUGUUGGUGGCGAGGGUAUUAUUAAUUAAAUUACCGGCCUGUGAAGCUUCACACAAAAGAUCAGACUGUUAAAAUUUUAGCCACCAGCCCUUAAGUUCAAUGGAAUGAUUAUAACGCUCCUAAUGAUGCUUACAUUAAUUUUAAACAUCCCGGACUUGCUAUAGAGAUCUAGGAGGUAAAAGCGCUGUAUGGAGGCAGGUUGAGCAGCCUCACGGGUUGAUACUGUGGAUGGUACAAGUUGGUAAAUAUUCCUGUGUUGAGACACACCCAGGUUGUCGGCAGCGAUGAGAUAACUUGUGUGGCUGCAGUCCCUGCCCUGGAGUUUUUCCAGAUUGCAUGCUGAGGCUCACAACUUUAUGAUUUUGCUUGAUUGUUCCCGGUAAUUAUUAUUUCGUGCUGAGACUGAUCUUCGAUUAAUCUGUUUGUAUCUGUGUCUCCUCCAUCCUGAGCUCGGCUCACCCACACACCCUCAACCAUUCAAAAUCUUCUCCUUUUCUUGAAGGGAAUAAAACCGUUUUCCAUGAUAUCAUUCUGAGCUGACUGAGGCAGGAUUUGGAGAUUGAGAUUUGCUUUGGCACAAUUUUUUCUGGUCUAAUUCAGAGGUCUUGAGCAUCCACAUUAACACCAUUAGUUAUGGUUUAGCCUUUCAAUGGGUCCUAUUGAUCAUCCAGUAUAGUGGGGUCAUGCACCUCUUUUUAUAUUGUUCCAUUUUCAACAGUAUGGCAUACAAAAACGUGUAAAACCUCACAGUGGCUUAAGGGGUUAUUACUGAGAUGCCUUCACUUAAACUAAAGGCAUCCUGGGAAUGUAAACUGUCAAGUGAGGAUGCCCUGCAGUGCUCAAGGUUGAGACUAAAACAGGAAAAUCCAAUGAUUGAUCAGUAGAUAAAAAGCAAAUCAAUAGCUAGUAAGUGUAGUAGUCAUUACUAAGGUAAAAAAAAUGUCCUUCUCUGGUUCCAGAAGCUUUAAAUCAGUAAUUAACUGAUUUUAUUUUUUUCUCUAAGAAGUAAAUUGAAUAUUUAAAGGCUUUGGGACCAUUUGAGAAAGGUAACGUAAAAAACAUGUUAAAGUUACUGUCAGGAGUUUUGCAUGGGUUGUGGAGCAGACUGAAAUUCGAUAUUCUUCUUUGUGUCCAACAAAGACAACAAAGACAAACAACAACACUCAGCACCACAAUUGAAUUUUAUUAUGUUGUGAUUUUCAAGGCCUGUAAUAUCUGUAAAGAGGUAGGUUUCAGACAAGAUAGUGGGCACCCAACUGGAGCAACAGCCCUUAUAAGUAAAUAUCCACUGUGGAUAAUGGUUUUGACCACCUAUAGAAAGAUAGUGUGUUUGUUUGUUUUAUUUGCCAAAAAAUACUGCCUUGUCCUGCACAGGACAAAAUCAGCAUUCCACAGAGAAGUUUCUGUCAGCAGCUUUGAAUGGGUGCCAAAAAGACUCAUUUACUGCUUGCAAACAAUGAGGAUGUAUGGAGGAGGUGCAUGUACAUUUUGGUGAUGGAAGUAUGGCAGUGUACAGUAAGUUUUAUGCUAUGUUAGGGCAUUAACCACCAAAAAUUGCAGCUGCCACCUUAACAAAUGGUUAAUGAGUGGUUGAGUGAGUGGUUAAAAGACAUUAGUGAGUGGACAAGUGUUGAGUAGGCAAAUGGUGGAGAAGCCCAGCAUGUUCACUAGAGAAAUUGAGCUCACGUCACUUAACACUUGUGACUCAAUGAUAUGAGGUCAGAUCCAGACAGUCAGAAUUAAGGCAUGGACCCUUAAUUUUGUGUCUUAAAACAAGAAAUCCCCUAAGGUAAUGUGACCAACCACUUAACGAACAGACUUUUUUAUGCUUCUAACUACAGGUUGACUGAUAUUGUUUCUUUUGCACUGAUACCAAUUGUUGGUCAUUUAUGAGAGCGAUAACUGAUAUUUGAAAAUGAAAUGGGUUGUCAGUAGAAAUGAGAAACUUUAGAUUUUGGACUUUGACAAACUCAAGCACAAAACUUAGUUGACAUUCCUACAGUACAUGUUGAAUCAAAACUAACAUUUUCAUCAUCAAAUACAGGAGUAAACGUUGAACUAAUUACUUUCACAAUACAGUUAUGUCACACAGUCACAUGACAGCUAGCCAAUCAGAAAGUAUUGGGAGCAGAACACUGGGUGAGACAGAGUGGAGAGUCCAUACAGGCCCAGAGGGAAAGACAGACAACCAUCAGAGCCAAAGUUACACACCUUUUAAUUAAGUUAUUGUAUCUGCUAUCUUUAAAAUAAAGGCCAAUAUCAACGAGGGAUGGGGACGAAUUCUACUGUCAUUACUCAAAUAUUGUUAUACUACUCGCACAUGCCUCGUUCUUGGCUUAAGUACUGCAACUCAAUUAGCUUACGGGUCAUGCACCAUGUCAGCCGUUACCAAGGAAAGGACAACGACAUAUUGUGAAAGAUAUGCAGUGUUAAAUUUGUAUAUCAUAGAAACAACAGCUUGAUGCUUUACCACAUGGGGUUAAAGCCCUGGGAAACAGAUGAAAGGCAGAUUCACAUCGCAGCAUUUGUUAGCCCUGUUAUCAGCUACCACAGUGAUAGCCAUCUAAAAAUGAUCACUAAACUGAUAAGGGUAAUCUAUUGCAGGAGAAGAGUAUUAUAGUAUUAGGACUUAUAUUAAAGCUUACUAAAUGUGAAAACAUAUUUUUUUAUUGAUAGAAAGAGAAAAUAAUGUGCAUGUAGUUAAUGGCUCCCCAAUUUGUGACCUACAAUCAGUUUUAAUAUGGAGGUUUUAUUUUUAGAUAUUUAAAUGUUGUAUUAUAUAUUUAAUUUUCUGUAGCUCUGUGAUAGACUGGAGACCUGUUCAGGGUGUACCCUGCCUCUCACCCAAUGGCAGCUGGAAUAGGCUUUAGCUCCCUGCCAGAAGGUUUGAGGGGCUAUAAAGAAUGGGUUUGACUGAUAGACGGAUGGAUAAAUAUGAUGUAGCUCUAUAUUGAACAUUAACAAAGCCUUGUUGGAUGGCUUUGCUCUUGGGUGAUUUUGUAAUAUUAAAUGCCAAGCAACAAACCAAAGGGGAUUUGGCUGCACAAACAUAAUACCAGGGAGUGCAUUGUGUUCAACAAAGCUCAAAGGUAGAUGAAUGUUUUGGUUUCAUUAUUAAUAUAAUAUGACACAGGGAAUGAUGGAAGAUUGAAAAAGUAUUUAUAGUUUUCAGACAUGAAUGGCUCAGGCUGAGGAUUUCUCCAUCAGAGGAUAACUCACUCAUCUGGUUGUUGAACUAUUUUUGAGUGUGCUGUGCAAAAGCUUUGUCAUGCCUCCUGUAAGCCACAUUGAUUCAUCCAUCAGAAUUGAAGAUUCAUCUCUCUUAAAGUUCAUAUCGAUUCUGAAUGAGAAGAUGGCAGUUUUAUAAAAGCAAAGGUUUCAGGAUGACAGGUUUGACAAAAUGUCAUGUUUUUAGGUUUGCUGCAGUUCUCGUUCACCAGUUUCACUCUCUGUGUUAGUCAAGUUUGUCAAAAGUAUGUUGUCAAACUAUGAUGAGUUUAUUUUCCGUAACAGUUAGAGUUGUAACUUGACGAUGAGGUGUUUUAUCCAUCAACCAUCUGAAGCAUAUGUGGUCACUUUGUAAUUUUACUGCAUUAUGCCACAGCAUCUCUUUUUGUAUUUGCACUUACUAGUGAUUUAAAUCUGGUCUUAGAAGAUUUCUUAAUGAUUUAUUUUCAGUUGUUCAGGAAUUAAGGGACGUGAUUUUGUGUCUCUGUCUGCUUGUGUGUCCUUGAACAGUGAUAUUACAUUAUGGCAUUUGUGUAUUGCUCUAAUUGUAGGUAACACAAGAUCACAGAAUCAGCAUUUCCCAUAAUUACAGCUGACCUCACCCCUGCAUGGUAAUGAUGGGAACUGCUGUGAGGUUUUAUUAGCUUGAAGAACCUUUGGCUUCAUAAAACCAUGGAGGUUUCUUGAAAAAUGAAAUGCAGCUCUCACUGUAUGCUGACAUACAAGUUAUUGAUCUAGUUUUUUUUAAAAGGCUUUACUGUUUUUGAUGGAUUUGUUGGUUCUUUUUGAAAAUCUGUCUCUGUGUUCUGCAAAGAUGAACCACCUUAAUCUGCACCCAAAAUGCUGUCAAAGCUUUCAUUUACAAGUGCCAUCCAUUUGUCCAGAAUUCCUGACUUUAAGAGAGGCUAGAAAAAAGCAUGAACACAUUCAGGCUUAAAUAUAAGGAAUUUCCCUCUGAAAUCACUGAGAUGCCUACAUCUGAAACGACUUAACACGUAACCUUUAUGUUCGGUAAAAUAUGCCAUGUAAUUUGUGCUAGAUUUUUUUUCUCAUGAGGACAUGGCAGAUUUUAUAAAGGAUUAAGGUUAUAGACAAUCUUUGCUGUUGUAACAGUUUACAAGAAGUCUUCAGGUAUUUAAGUCUUUUUGCAAAAAACUAAUGGAAUGGAAAUGGAAAUGGAAAUAAUGGAAUAUCUAUUUAAUGAAAUAAAAUUUUGAACAAUUAAAUAUUGUUGAUCCUUCAAAACACUGAUCAGUAACACCAUCUUCCAAUUAUGAUAACUGAUGUAACCGCUUACUUAUGUAUCAAACUUAAACUUUUAAAUCCCCUAAUUUUCACAGAAGUUGGAAAGCUGUUCAGAAUUUCAUUAAACUCAGUUUGAUGAUUUGCAAAUCAUUGAAUCCCUGUUUUUAACUGAAAAUACUGCAAAGACAACAUAUCAAAAGCUGAAACUAAAAAAAAAAAUGUGUUUAGAAAAAAUAUAGAAAUUUUAAAUUCACUUCCACCAAAACAUGAUUCAGAACAUUUGGGACUGGGGCAUGUUAACCAUUGCUUAGCAUUAUUUCUUCUCUGAACAAAACUCCAAACAUUUGAGAACCAAGAGGACCAGUUUCUAGAGUUUUGAAAAGGAAACUGGAGAGAAGUGAGAACACGGCCUAUGAUUUCAAUGGGUGACAAGUCAGGGAUGCUGUUUGACCAGAGAGUCACAAAGACUCUCUGACUAUGAAGCCAUGUCUAUGCAGCAGUAUUUGCAAAAACUGGUUUGGCAUUGUCUUACUGAAAAAUGCAAGGUCCUUUCGGAAAAAAGGCUUUGUCCAAAUGGCAACAACAUUCAGUAUUCUGCUGUAAAAGCUGCAUCAGUCUGCAUUAAUGGUGUCUUAUUGGAUUUGUAGCUACCUAUGCCGUGGGCACUUGUGCAUCCUCAUUCUAUCAAAGAUACUGGCUAUGAGCUCUGUAGCAGGUCCUUCUCUUCAGGGUGAAAGACAUGGCAUCCAUGAUUUCUAAAAAGAAUGACAGAUUUUGACUCGUCAGAUGCAGCGAUAAACUGUGUUCAUGUCUCUUUAGUUUUUCAUGUGAGUUAAGAGUGAGCAUGUAUUUCAUGGAAGAACAUUUUUCUUUUCCAUUAUUAGGUAUGAUAUCAUUGCACUAUUUUCAAUAAAUUAUCAGGUUCAAAUUUGUGCAAACUCAUCAAAGUUUGCUUUUGCCAAACACUUUUAAUCCAUUUAUAUAUUUUUUUCUUUGGUUUCAUAUUGUAGUUGUUUGUAGUCGGUUUAUAACAGUCUCUGUUUCUGUUUAAGAUCAGCUGCAGGCUCCUGAAUUGAACUAAAUCAAAAUUGUAUCAGAUAAUCUCUUGUGAUAUCAGCUCACAUGGUCUUCUUGCCCAGAGAACCAAUUUAAUAACCGUUUGAGAUGAAUCUUACGAUAUACACUCCAAGCAAAAAGGUCUUACAGGGAUAGUGUGGUUGGCAUUGUCCUGUAGUGCCUUCUUGAUAAACUGGUGUAGGGUUUUGAACUCUUUGAGACCCUGCAGGUCUGCACUGAGGGGUCCCAGCCUCUCUAUAGGAGUACAGUGUUUACUUAAUACCAGUACCAAGAAGGGGAUUUUAUUUGUCAACCAGUGCUCAUCCAGACAGUGUCAGGCAGCUCCAGCCAGCCUGUUUGAUUGGGUCGUCUCCUGCAGUGGAGCUGUGUCUCUCUGUCAUGUCGGCUAUAAUUGCAGCUGGUGCCCAGGCGGGCGUGAAUCCCGUCAGCUCUGCCACCAUCAUUUAUUAAAGGACACGACUGGACUCAAGGGUGUCAUGAGGAAAGACGUCCUGUUAAAAAGACUACUUGUUCCUUUUGUGUUGAUUAGUCCUGUGUAGCGUGAAGGGCCUUGAAAAUGUGUAUGUAAAGGGAAAGAAAGCAUGAUGUCCUGUUUUUUUGUGAAAGAAUAAGCUAACCUCAGUGAGGUGGGGGCUUUCUGGAUUAAGUGGGUGGAAGCAGGCAGAAUGCUAAAUGAGCUGUCAGGAAGUCUCUCCUCCUGCAUACUUCUUAGGGUGUUUUUUACACGGCCAGUACAAAGAAGGCUGGCUAAAGACUUCCCUGACAAAGCUAAAGGCUUAAAGCAGGCCAAUCAGCUGGUUCGAAGUCGGUGAGCCUACGCUUUUGGUGGAAACAGCAUUUUGCAGGUUCUAGCCCCAGAGCAAUCAACCAGGUCAUGGUUUGAACAGUUUUUGCCAUGGGCUGAUUUCAAAGGAGUAAUGCUGCAUGGUACUUUGUAAAAGCUAAUUGUUUGGAGGUUAUCCCCUGACGCAUACCUUAAUUCAUCAUGGACAAGCAGAUGGAAAUAUAUUUGGUAGAAGCAUCCGCAUGGCUGCCAUGAGAUUUUGCUCUCUGAAUCUAAACGCCAUCUUCUAUUUUCCCUGCACAACCAAGAUUGCCAUGGUACAAAGUAGAGCUGGCUCCAAAAUACUGCUGAAUCACCCCACCGAUAUACUUCAAAGUCGGGUGUAGUAGGUUAGGUUGUCUAAUGCAUCAAUCACUGUUUGUGUCUCCAGGGAGCAGCUUUCUGAGCAAAUGAAGCCCUGAGUUUUGGCUUGCCCAAGCAAGGAGCAGCAGGCACAUUGCCUCACUGAGGCUGUGAAACCACAGAUCAAGAUAAAGUACUGCAUAUGAACGCAGACAUAAAGUGAAAGAACAGGCACAGUUAUUCUGUGCAGAGGAAGGGUAAAUAACCUGAGCAGACAGAAGCAAAGUCACUUUUUGGUCUGAUUGGUAAACACUGACAAUCAUUGCAAACAGAUAAAUCACCUAAGGGUAUGUGCAAUGACCCAGAAUAAAUCUGUAAUAAUCACAUUCAUGAUUGUAAAAAGUCAAAGACAUACUGUCUCUAAAACAUGGAUAUUAAUCUGACCAGAAUUAAUGGAGGUGUUAGUGUGAGUGCUUCAAGAAUUAAUAUCCCUCUCUUGCUUGCUUAUUCACUCAGGGUGUGAAUGAGCUUUUAGUGGCUCUAAAUCUUUUGUGAUGUCAAGUCCCUCCGCAUCUUAAUGUCUUUCCCCGGGGCCCUCUUUCUCACUCUGUAUACUAUGGGAAAUUAUUCCUCUAAUGUUACCUGCACUAAAAGAUUUUUUUUUCUUUUGCUGCUUGCUCUGUGUGUGCCUCUGUUUGAAAUACCUGACUUAAUUGAAAUGCUGCUUUUAGUUGCUGGACAUUUGACAAAUGUUACAGUUGUGUUUUCAGAUUGGGUGUGAAACUUAGUUUUGUGAAGAUCCAGGCUGAACAUUUUUCAAAAAUCUUUGAUGGUUGAGCUCAUUGAUUCCACCAUCAGGUCUCUUGGGAGCUAUGACAUGACUUGUUGAGUCAUGUCCAUAGACUGUAUAUACUAUGGACAACUUGGUUCCACCUACCGUCGGAAUAUGGAUUUGAAGCCAGAAAGCUCUCGGUAUUUCUGCGAUUUUUCUUCAUUUCCUGAAACCAGCGCUGUGCAGUAGCGUUGUACACAUUCGGCGGGAGAGUCACCGAGAGUUGCUGUGAUGACGCUUGGCUCAAACAGCGUAUCCCUCGGGUAAUCUACGCAAUCCCUGAACGCCCAUAGGCUGUAUCAAGUGUCAAUCAUGGAAAACAUGAACCCCCUAAUAAUUUUUUUUAAAUGAAGCUGUACAGAAAAAAAGAGGACUUGAGCACAAACCAGUCUUACAGUAACUUCAAGUCAACAUUGCAAGCAUGGGGAAUAUAUAUAUAUAUUCCGCGUAAUAAAUUUAUAAAGUUUGUCCACAGCCCCAUAAGCUUUGCUGGCGGGAUUUAUGACCUAUACUGCAGCCCGUCAACAGAGGGUGCUGUUCUCGGAGUGGCUUCGCCCAGCGAGGAGGCAGACGCUGUCCAUUCUAUAUACAGUCUAUGGUCAUGUCUUUCGAGUCAAAUCACAGACAUACUUUGAUUGACUAUUCAAGUUUUUUGGAUAAAAGUACAUUUUAGGCCUACAGGUUAUCAAACUGUACACAGAGGAGAAUUUUGGAGGUUAGUUGUCCACUAUAAUUGCUGAACGAUGGGUACCUUUUACAAAGACAUUAGAUAAGGCGGAAGCAAAGUGAAACUUAUAUUGCAAAAUAUUUUCUCGCAAGAGGGAAGUACAGCCUCCAUGGUCAAGCACAUUCGCUUGUACAUCAGUUUAAUCUAAAUGCAGUGCCUUUGUGUUUGAAAAAAUCAGUCAACUCCAGUAACUGCUGCUGUUACUGCAGAACAGUCAUCCAAAGUGGUCGUGGUGAUUGAACCCAAACUUUGUAGCAAGUCCUGUUUGCUAAAACCAGAAAUCAAAGAUAAAAAACUGGGUCAAAAUUGACAGGUAAAAGCUAGUUAGCUAGGUAAAGGUGAUUUAAAGUUCCUUUUAGGAACAUUUGAAUUAUGUGAUUUCUUUGUUGAUCUUGCUGAGGAGUGUUUUCUCCAAUAAAAUCUCUUCCUUAAAAAAGCUUUACAUUUCUCACUCUGGUGGUUGUAAAAUAUCAUUAUAUCAGCCUCUGUCUGAAACGCUUUGUUUUAGCUGCUGUCUCUUUGAGGUCCCCCCACUACUAGGCUACUUUCCUUUGAUUGGCCACCUCUCUGGAGGCUUAUAAAUCAGUUUGUUACCAUGAUCUAAGAUGGUAUAUCAUAAUAUACUGGUUUGUACCAUUGAAGAGGGAAAAAAAAACAUCUUUGAUUUUAAAUCCAUAUAUUCCAGGCUGGUUAUAUAAAAGACACUGACUGUUUUAGCAAGUUUAGUUUGAAGCUGACUUUGGGAGCUUUCUGUGUAGAUAAAGGUUUGUUAUGCACCCAUUUCCUCACUGAAACUAGACAAUUAUUCAACAAUGAGAAAAUCUGUGUGAAUAAGAGGAAGUUGGAGACAAAAGUGUUGAGAACAAUGCUGUGAUUUUCAUGUGGGCUGGUGCAUUUUUUGGUUGUUUCUAUCCCUGGUUAUUUCUACAUCUUAGUAAAAUGACAUUAAUGUCAUUAUUAUUAUUAUUAUUAGAGUCAAAUUUCCCAGUUUGGGAUCAAUAAAGUAUAUCUAUCUAUCUAUCUAUCUAUCUAUCUAUCUAUCUAUCUAUCUAUCUAUCUAUCUAUCUAUCUAUAUAUAUAUAUAUAUAUAUAUAUAUAUAUAUAUAUAUAUAUAUAUAUAUAAAGUAUGAUGUUUGUUCCAGAAUCGUGUUUUCACUGGAGCAGUACCACAUAGUUGGUUAGGAGCUACGUCUUAAUGGACCGUGAUAAUCAGACUCAAACUCAGAAUUAGGAAAAGCUCCUGAGGGGGAUUUUGAAAUGUGAUCACUCCUGAGAUCAAACAAACUUUCAAUGCAAUGGGGGUUUUGCAAUAAAAGGAAGGACUAAAACCACUACACCCUGACAGUUAGUCAAGGAUAAAUCUUUGUUGUGCAAGAAUGUGCAAUGGUGUUUACAGAGCCUUGGAUGCUUUAAGGGUGGAGCAGGUGAACCCUGUUGGUAACACUUGCAGGUUGGUAACACAGCAGACUGGUACAGGUCAAAGGCCUUGAACAUGAGCUCUGAUGUGCUGUUGAAUUCCGUUCUUUUGCUCCAUCCUUGAUUUUUUUAUUAAUCAGGACUAAAGAAAAAAAAGCUAAAAUGUGCAGCAGGAAACGGGUGCUACAAACCAGAAAUGAGUUGAUGUAGUAGACUUCUGUGGUCUGCUGUUCAGUAGUUUUCGAAUCUAACUUGUGUUAACUCAUGGGGUCAGAAUCUAGCUGUGGGUUCAUACAAGCUCAGGAGGUUUUCACAUUUUGGUUUAUGAAAAACACAUAAGAAGUACUGUUCCACACAUGUGUUUGAAUGAGACUACAGAGGUUGUCAUGACAGCAAAAACAAAUUUGAAUAUACAAAGUUUGUGGAUUUCCUACAAGUGUGGUAUUUUAUACAGGGGUUGCAGCCUUAAAGCAGGAGUGUGUAGUAUUCAGACUUGGUAGAAAGAAAAGGAAAAAAAGGAUUCAGCCCCUCCAGUGUCCACUUAGGGCUAGCUCCAGAAGAAAAGGAAAACCCCUGUAGGUCUGACUGCCAACAGCCCAUUUCACAGCAGAAGUAAACUUGUUUGUAACAUAUUGAACUUGGAUGAUUUUUUUUAAAAAUGGUAUGUAUGUCUCUUCUCAGGUUUCCAGGUCAAGUGAAAGCUUGGUUGAGUCAACUACCAAUAUCAUGGUUUCCAUCUUUUAACUGCAAACCCCUCUUCACAAACCAGAGUUGGUGACAUCAAUAAUCCACUUUCAAUCGGACUGUCUAUUUAUUUUCUCAGACUUUCUAAGUCUAUCAAAAAAGGUCACCACACUUGCAGUUUGAGCAGAAAUGGUGUCAACUUUGUACUUUGGUUGGACACUGGUGUGUUCUCCUGGUGACAAAAACAAUCUCACUGUGAUGGUCAGCUUUCUUGUUUGAGCAUGCACACCAAAAUCUCACAUAUACUACACACAUUUGAGCAAAGCAUGUUGAUGGGAGGGAUUUCUGUUGGUGGAGAUGUUGAGGUCAAGCUAUGAUAGUGGUAUUUGUUCAAAGGGAUUUCUCUUGUAGCUCGUGGCUUUUGCAUUUUGCACCCAAAAUCCUCAAAAAUAUAUAUUUUUUCCUCAAGUGAGGAUCGAUACUUUCUCCUGGGUUGGUCUUAUUUCUACCUUUGCUGCUCCUCUGAUGGACCUGAAGUCACAACAUUCUCACACCCCACUGAAACUGAACCCUGUUGUGUGGCGCAUUCAGCAAGCUGUGAAGUAAAUAGAGUUGCUAGACCUUUAGCUUGUUGGUUUUUCCAUGAAUGAGCUUUUUGAAGGCAGGCUGUCGAUAUUUACUCAAAGAUUGAAAUCUCUGGGAGUUCAGCCUACAUUCUCUGAGCCGCAUCAUUCAGUAAUCGAGCUGCUCCCAGAGAUAACUGGUCAUCUUUUUCAUUUCACAUCCCAUCGCUUCUUCCCGGCAAGUGUUCUUCUUUUCUGAUGGAUUGGGGGAAACAACUCCCUGACAGCUUUGAUCUGCUAUUGAUCAGCUCAGCUACCCAUUAAUGGGUGUAAUUGAUCAAAGGCACCAAUCCCAGCAACACACUGGGCUAGUCCUUCAGUCCACGGCUUAGAGGGCAGAGUGUGUAUGUGUGUGUUCUUUUUGUAGUCUGGCACACUAGACAUAUACAGUAUGCACUAAACAUCUGUGUUCUAAUGUGAUUCUCACCUUCAUGGAAGAAGAACUGCUUGGUUUUUUUUAGAGUCCUCCUGGUCCAAUGAUUUUGUCAGGACAGAUCUAAAUAAAGUACAUGAACAAUUAUGAAAUGAAACUUUGACAGUAUGUGAUGAGCAGAAGAUUACUCACAAUGAAUCUGGUUGUUUUCUGACUUUUUCAUUAGCACUGAAAACAAGACAAAAUGUUUAAGUUGUCAUUUGAAUUUGUCAACUUACAGUGAUUAACACCACAUUUUAUGAACAUGUCGACAAUCACUGUCUCCUACUGGACUACGUGAUACCCUAAAAACUUUUUCCGGACAUUUGUCCCUGAGUCUCAGGAUUUACUUGUAGGUGUUGUGAGACCUCCCUGAAGCCCCCUGGUGUUGGUUGGAAGUUAAUUCAUGUCCAAGUGACUGUGUUGUUAUUAUCUCAAGUAGAAAUACACUGAUCAAUCAGUUGCUUAGUAAAUAGUAUUUUUUGAACUGAUCGGUAUUAUAUCAGCAAAUUCAAAUCUAGAACAGUGACUGGCAAGUGUUUAAUAUAAACUCUGUUAUGAUGCUUCUGUCAGGAAUAUCAGCCAUGAUCUGAAAUCUGUUCAUAACAUGUAUUUGUCAAUUUCAUAAACCAAUUAAAAAUCUCACUGAAACAUGUCACUGACUAUAAUUACCAUGUAAUUCAGAUCAUUAUGUGCAUGGAAAGUGUUUAAUAAAGAUGGCUGGACAAAAAUCUAAAAGCCUCUUGUGGCAAUAUUUUACUGAGCCAAAUAUUUAUCUGUCUACUUUUACUAGAUAGAGUGUUUUCCAAGUCCAGCAGUUUUGUUUCUCAUUUGUAAAUAUUGUUGGUGGGGUAGGCAGGAAUUUGUUAAAGAAGCAUCUUUUUUUGUGGUGUAUAUACAAAAAAGCUUUUAAUAUCAGUCAAUAGCUAUUAGUUAUUGAUGACAUUUGGAAAUAUUACAAUAUCGCUGUGUUCUCUUAUGUCUGUGUAGUCAACAUUUUAAAUUUUUUUGAGUGUCAUGCUCAUUCUGACUGUAAACAAAGCCAUUCUCCACCUGGUUGGUUGUGAAGCAGAUGCUGCUCCCUUGUGCUGAUGGUUGAGAGGCCAGCUAUGUGACUACAAAAUGUGGACCCAAAACAAUCUUCUGACAAUGGCGGACAGUGGAAAGCAGCUGGAGAAGCCACAAAAAAAGACUUUUCCUCUUUAGCCACCAAGGACUACCGAGGGCUGUAGCUGUAAAACAAGCACUCAAGAAGAAGAAGAGAUACCGGGCAAGAUAUAGGGCCAGAGUAAACAUCGUCAUAGCCUUUGAACGAUGGAGGACCAUACAUGAUUUAAGAAAUUUUAGAUCAGAUGUGAGCUGUGAUUUAAAGCCUUCUUACCUCAUAAUCGGACAUGUUUCAAUGCCUCAGAUGGUCUGUUGUUAAAUCGCCGGUAAAUUAGAGCGAUGUGAGUGAGCACGAGUGUCUGUUUUGUGGUCGGGGCUCACUGGAGCAGAGAGGGAAGGGAGAGGAGGAGCUGAGAGGAAAUGGUUAGUGUUUACUUUCAAAGAUUCCUCCCAAAAACUGGUGUUCAUUCAGAUACUGCCUACCCCACCUUUAAUCAAGAAUCAUUAAAUAUUGGCCAGAGGCCGACCUGCUCCCUCAUUAUCAAUUCUGUUGGAAUUCUGUGAUUUGUCCUCCUCUUAUUUUAAGUCCAAUUAGUGUUGUUGUUUUUUGUAAAGUAAGUCCAUUUAUCAGUAAAAGGAUUUAAUCAGACAGUGAGCCAAACUCAGCCCCAGCUGGGCUACAGCCUCACUUGCUGGACUUGCUUAAGAGAGUACAGAACAGAUCCAUUUACUGAUGCAGAAGUGCUUUAUAUAGGGUUUUAUUUCAUUUACCACUGAUGAUUACUAAGUGAGUUUGUUUUAGGGAGGAGGGGACCACAGCUAUUAACUUGAUUCCCCAUUUUAUCUGUGUGACUGUGCAGUUUAGAUUUUGACACACUGUGUGGACCUUGGAGGCCCUCUUGCUGUGUACACUGAAUAGCCUGCUGUGGACUAUUCCUGUAGUUUCCUAUUUAACUAGAGGAUUCCUCCCCUGUCUUAAAUACUGUUGCACCUAUCUAAAGACAGCCUUUGAGUAUUAAUCUGCUGUAUUUCACACUGAAUAAAGCCUUUAAGAUGCUUAUAAAAAUUCAAGGGCCAAGUCAUAAUAUUGAGGACUGCAGCUUUUUGUGUUUUUUUUCUUACUAACAUGGAUCAUUUUCAGAUUUAUUAAGAGUAGCUUUCAGUCCCGCAGGGGAUGGUCUGCAGCCAAAGAAUACUAAACAGGUCGGCAUUGACUCCAUACAUAUGCUGCACAGCUGAGUGGGCGUGUGCCCAAAGGCCCAUGGGAAAGCACAGCCUCACUUAUACACUCUGACCAGAAUAAAAACAGGGUUGCAAAUCAGUCUGCUGCUCAGGCAGUGAUGUCGAGAAAAUAUCUGAUUCAGUUCCACCCGUCUGUGUGAGCAGAAAGAGUUUGGAAACAAUAUCUGAUGACACAGUUUCACAAAGAGCCACACUGGGUGCUUUCUCUGAAUACAAUUGAAGCAAAACUUCAGGAAGAGAUUCAGGAACUUCUGAAGUGGCUCCCAUCAUUCAGCAGGAGAGACUAUUCGCAGACCCUUUUUCUCUAAAUUGCUUGUCUUGGAGAUGGAUUGGACUCCCGCUUAAUGUGUGAUCUUUGGAAAGAGAAAGACUGAGGAUGCCAUUUAAACAUAAUCCCAGUUGCUCAAACAGAACUGUGAAAAAAUCCCUGCUGUGGAGGAAAGCUGUCAUUUACCCAGCAUGAGAUGUGACACUUGACUGAGUUCAGCAGGUCUCCAUCAGUGUUUACCCUUUGCACAGCUCCCCUAGAUCAGCCCUCAUUACGGGGCUGCUUCAGCAUACGCACAGCCCUCGAAUGGAACAGUAUGGGCAGGUUGUUUUUAGCGUAUUGAUGAGCUCUUGGGUUUUUAAAAAAGUGAAUUUAGAUCAUGUUUCUAAUUGGCACUGCUGGCUGGACACAGUGUAUGUGACUUUUAAAUAUAUUGUCUCAUUGAGAUGCUGGUGCAAGCACCGCGCAGAAACUCCAAUGGAGAUUUAUGGAGUGGAAGUGAGCUGAACAUUCAUCACUCCAGUUUAACAUUGAAGGGAGUGUUUUAUCUAAGUCCGUGAAAGAGAAAUGAAUCACUAUAACAGGACAUGCAGACAAACAGGUGGCAGAGAUGCAAUAUACAACAGCUCAUGACAUAUUCAGGCAUGCCUAUUUUUAAAAGCAUAUGAUGCUGAGUAUUCAUGUCUGUAUCCUGUCUCAACAACCCUCAGAAGACUGGAAGAUGUCUUUGUUGUCUUUGUUUUUCAUCCUGGAACCCGAAUGAUUCUUCGGAGACUGUUGCCUGCUUGAUUUAUCCCUCACACACCCCUGUUACAGAGGGAUAGUUGAGCCUUGGAGCAUAGAUGAACCUUGAUUCAAAACAGAAGAGCUGCAAUUCCACUUUUGUUUCCACUGUGGAACAAGAAUCUAAAGGUAAACCAGAUCAGCCUUGAGUUGACUAUUCUAUGCUGCAGAAGCCCAUCCCCACACUUCUGUAGGAAUGUAAGACAGAGAUUUUGUCAGAAGCUGCUAGUCCCACGCCAUUAUUUGAAAAGAAAUGAAAUUUAUUUUGGUUGUACGUUAUGACGACAAAGCAUAACAAUUUGUGCGAAUCUAAAACUACCAAACACACAAUCCUUAACCAAAAACGGAGCAGGCUGAAGCCCAAAGGCUUACUUAUACCGCCUCUAAACAGACCACAAGAUAUCCCAGAACAUCAGCAAACAGAAAAAAUAAGGAAAGAAAAAAACAAAAUACAAAACAAAAACACAACAAAAUAAAUAUUCCUCUAAAUUAUAGUCCUUAAUUAUUUUAUAUUUUAAACUUUUUUGAAAUUCAUCAUGGAGCUACACAAUUUUAUUUCAUUAACUUCAUUCCAUUCAUAUUUAACUUUUUUCUUCGAGGUUCAGCCUGUGAGUUUUUUUUUCUUUUAUAAUAAUUUGGAAUUAACUACAAUUCCAAUAGCAAAAUUGGUGACCAUAAAUAAGAAGUGUUUGCCUCUUACACAUGCACUAAAACCUUAAGCAGUACGAUAUCAAAAUUUAUGGGUGUUUGAGUUUUGCUGUUUGUGAGUGACAGGUGAGUGCAGUUGUUUAGAGGAGGAGUGAUCAUUUUGUUUGAGUGCAGAACAGACUAAGUCUGUGCCGUGGUAUCAAACUCGUGGUCCCAGUUUUUUUUAAAAGCAGUUAUUUGAAUCCAGAUAUUUGAGUGAGUUGCACUUAGGUAAGAGUCCUUGCAAAUGUACAUGUAAGAUGAUAAAGCUCUGCCAAAAAUCUUUCUUGCUCUUAUUGUACAGUAGCAUCUUUUUUAUUGCAAUUUUUAAUUAGGGUGAGCAAUGUCAAGGUGGCUCUGUUGACCAGUCAAAAGUAACAUGCACUUUAUGUCAAAUUGAAGUGAAAUAUUACUUAGAGUUUGAGCCAUCACCCUACAGUGCGGUUAGGUGUCUGCGUCAUGAUAACCAGCAGAUCACUGUUUUGGAUGAAACUACAGCGCUAGUUAAAUGGGCAGCAGCUGAUGAAAGGCCAGCUGAUGAAAAAGACUGGGGACUAAAGGAUGUCCCCAAGCUGGCACACUUAGGAUCAGUCACAUGUCUCAAUGUGUAAAAGUGUUAUCCCUUAAAAAAGGAACUUAACAUUGUGAAUAAUAGUAUACUUAAAGUGAAAAUUCUGCAGAGAAGUUUACUUUCAUUUGGAUUAAUUUUACAGCAGCAGUAUUUUGAAUUCUACUGUAUCCAAUGACGACACUUGUCAAAUAGGUCUGAAUGACUGAUUGAGAGUGCUGAGCUGUGGCAACAACUCUAUUGAAUUUUUUUUUUCACUACUCUUAUGUUCAUUUCAUGGUUCAGUCAUUUUGCUUGUUCAAAUGUUAAAAUUCUGAAAAAUCUCUCUGCUUGUUUCUGUCAGUAAUGUGUGAUGAAGGGUUUGGUUUUGGAUUGAAGGUUAGAAACUGAGGAAUUCACUCUUGGCUCCUAGUGUUAAGUAUUUUUGACAUUUUUGACAUUGAGGUUAAAAUAUUUGCUUUCUUGGUUAUUUUCCAAAAUCUGGAAAAUGUGCUCAAGCUAAAAAGACAAAAUAGAUUUUUAAAUUUAGAUCUGACCCAUACACCCCACUGAUUUACCCUGACACUUUGGAAAUACGAUUGGGCAGUAUUUAAGAUGGUACAGUAAGGGGCACUAUUUUCCUACAGGAGAAUAAACAGGCUUUACUGUUUGACAUAAAGACUCAUACUCAUAACCAUAAGCUGUCUACACUGCUCCAAACAAGCUGGAUUCAAAAAUCACUGUGCUGUAUAUUAUAGAGAUGAUUUAAUUAGAGGCGUGGGGGUCAAAGACAUUUAUUACCAUUACUACACCAGAUUAAAAAACUGAAUCACAUUGCAUUGUUAGCACCCCUGCAUUUCAGUCAAUAUUAGCACAUGUUCAUGCCCUGCCCUUUGCUGAUCCAUUAAGAGCCGAGGAAAUUGCACCUCACAGACAGCUGGAUAGUGAAAUUUCAGAUGAUUUACAAUAGAGGAGAGGUGUAAAUGAUUACUGUCAGUUGUAUUAUUCACAGUCCAGUCUGACGUCUGUAGUAUGAGGAGGGCUUUCAGUGAUUUUUCUCAGAUGUGACCAAAAGUGCACUAAUAAUUCAGAAUCUAGUCCUCAGGUUUGCGCACUCCUAUACAGGGUACUUCUAUUUAAUUCUGUGUCACUCAGGAGCACAGAUUAAAUCAAAUGAAGUUGUUCAAGUAUGGAUAGAUUUGACUGCCUAUUUUUGAGAACUGAAUGUGGCACUAGCCACCGAUUCUGCCGUUUUAGCUCGCUCAAGAAACUUAAAAUUUUUGACACCCGCUUAAGAUGGAUCACUGUGUUAGAUCUUAAUUGUGUUGGACUACAUCCUGCUAUCAAAUGAAGGCUUUCAGACAGAUUGUCUGUAAAUUUAGAGCAAAUUUAGAGAAGCUGACUUUAUGUGUGCUGCUGUUGGUCGGCAAAAGUCCUGCCAAAAAACAUCAGAGAAACGCUGAUUUUGGCAUGAAACUGUCUUUUUCUAUGUGUUUCCUCUUUGAUUUAAAGGCCUUGUAAAGGAGGACUUCUCUGCUCUACCCUCUCUAUAAUUUCCAUUAUAGAAUUGACUGUUUUAGUUACCCUGUUUAUAUUUACUCUGUUAAAAGCACCACAAAUAUUUUGAGCCGGGUGUAAAUUGUGAUUAUGAUUUAAUCUGCUGUGUUUCACACUGAGAGAAUGAGUAUGUCUGAUAACUUCUGAAGUAGGAAGAUAAAUUAUAUGUCUGGAGGACUGAAAAUUUUCUCUCUACAGGAUGCUGUUUUCAUUCCUUCAGCUCCCAGCUGCCCUCUGCCCUGCGAGAAUGAAAUCAGAUUUAAACAUUAAAACGUCAAGUUGUUGUGUCUCAAGCCCUCUGGCCUCCGACUGAAGAUGUAUGACUUCUAUCUCCUUUCCCCAGGCAAUCACAAACACCACAAGAUUCAUAGAGACCUAUUUCAAAUCUAGGGUCUCACCUGAGUGGAUAUGUCAUCUUACUCUGUAUUUGUUUGUAUGUGUGUGUUGCCAUUGCUUUUAGAAACAUCAAAUGCCUCAUUAGGCUGCGUAAGAGCUGAAAUGGCUUCCUGAGUGCUUUAUGUGUGCAUGAGAGACACCGCCUUUGUUGAGUUUGAAAGCAUGUUCAUCCAUUAUUCAGGGGUGUUGGUAAAUGGAUGUGUCCUGGCAAGAGUUCAUUUUGCAGGUUUUCAGCAGGUGCAGUCUAUGCGACAGUCAUUUUUCAAACAAAGAGAGACACGCAGGAUCUGAAUGUCAUCUUAAUACCUCUCUUUAAGACUCAUUUAAUGUCUUUGUCGAUGCCCUCUGGUUCUGAACAGUCAACAUGAUGACUCUGCUGUCAUAUUACUGGGCCAGAGAGAGAGAGAGAGAGAGAUUAGAAGAGAGAUCCUUUAAUUUCUCAACUUCCUCCGUCCAUUCAUUAUUUGUCAGAAGUUUAACAGGACCAACAGUCAACAGUAAUAAUAGCAGCUCGGUCAGGGUUUACUUUGGCACAGCAGUGCUUUGAGCUCAAUGCUUGCGUCAGCAGCACAAGCACUAAUGAUUAAAGCACAGAUUGUGCUAAUGACUAAAGCACUAUUUUUUUUUGCAAGUAUUUGGUCAUUAAAGACAUUAUUUCAAAAGUAAAAAAUAUGACUGUGAGCCAAUCUAAAAAGUCAGGCAGACUUUGAAAUGAUCACAGUUCGAUUGGAGGUUCAUUUGAAACCAUUUUUUAUGGCAAUCCAUCCAACAACUCUGUAGGCAUUUGAGCAAAAAUAUGAACCUCACAGUGGCACUAGAACAAAACAAGAAGAGGUAAUCAAUACAGUUUCAAGAACUAGAGUACUGUGAAUGCCAGUACAAAGUUUGACACUUCUGUUUUACUUAUCUGCAGUGAAAGAACAGCGGACCUUCAGUCUCCUUCUACCUGACUUUUUGUGCAUGACUGGAGCCUUUAAAUGGCUCUCAACUUUAAGUGGACUCUACAAGUGAAUUAAAAACAACACAGUUUGAAGUGUCCACAGACUCUCAUAAGCUUAAGAAGACUGGGAUCUUAUAUCCACAUCUGGGUCCAAAAAAACAUCACAGUACAAACAAAUACUGUAAAAGAAAAAUGAGCUGUGGACUGUAGUCAGUAAAGUGAUUACAUGUACUGAGGUCGUUAUUCACAGGGCUCUGAUUCACUAAAACAAUCAGCUUGCCAUACCAUUGCACUUAUUACACAUCUGUUUACUUAAUGAAUAUGUCUUUGCACUAAAGACUGAUUCAAGUGUAAUGUGAGGGAUGUAAAAAUGGCUAUAUUUUAAAAUGUAGCUUACACAGCUGUUAUUACAGUAACCUGAACAUUCCUAGCAUGCAGCGAGAUAAGGUGGAUAAGACCUCGUGUUUUUACUAGGGCCUUAUAGUCCUUGUCAACUGGUCGACUUGUUGGUUGAUACCAUAGACUGUAUAUAGAAUGGAUGCUGUCUACCUCCUCGCUGGGCGAAGCCACCCCGAGAACAGCACCCUAUGGUGACGGGCUGCAGUAUGGGUCAUAAAUCCCGCCUCCUCCAGCAAUCCCUAUGGAGCUGUGGACAAACUUUAGAAAUGUAUUACACAGAAUGUACAUUUUUCUUCCCUUCUGGUUGACAUGUAGUUGUUGCAAGACUGGUUUGUGCUCAAGUCCUCUUUAUUCUGUACAGCUCCAUUUUUAAAAGUUAACAUGGGGUUCAUGUUUUCUAUGAUUGACACUUGAUACAGCCUAUGGGCGUACGAAGAUCGCGUAGCUCAGCCGGGGGAUACACUGUUUGAGCCGAGCGUUAUUACAGUCCCUCUCUGCGACUAUCUCUCCGAAUGCGUACAAUGCUACUGCGCAAGUGGUGGUUCCAGGAAGUUGAGAAAAUCCUGGAAAUACUGAGAACAGUUCGGCUUCAAAUUUAUAUAAUGACAGAUGGAGCCAAGUUGUCCAUAGUAUACAGUCUAUAGUCAUGGCACAUGGCACAGUUUUUUUUUUAAUCCUUUUGAGUUUCUUUUCUCUGUUUAUGGCAAAUUGAUCAUUUUUUCCCCAAAAGAAUAAUAUUACAAUAAGGCUGCUGAAGUCUCUGCGAUAAGAGCCAUGUAAAUAGUAGGGGAGUACAUGUGGCACACCUAGCAUGGUUUAGUAGUUUUUUGAAAGGUUGAUCAAAUGUAGCUCGGUCAGGUCAGUCAGGAUAAACUGGCAUCCAAUGUUAACACAACAAAGAGCAGCAUAUUAAUGUGAACCUCAGGUGUUAAAAAAGGGUGGUUUCUGUCUUGUUUUUAUCUGACAUAGACCAGCAGCAGGCUCUAACGUAAUUCUCCGUAUUUGAUGAUACAGCAGGGUCCCACAGUUUGCCUGAGGCAGCCUCACUUCUAAUGGCUGAAUCCAGGGAGCUCAUGUCAGCCCAGUUUGGGGUUUUCUGAUAUGAAAAAUGCAAGAUCUUGAUUUUCCCUCUCAUUGAGGCACAUCCUGAGACACCAUCACGUUAAGAGCCCUUGUUGAUCUUUUUUCGUAGCUAUAAAGUUUUGUAAGGAGUAAAUUAGUUUCAGAAGUUUUACUGCAGGAGCAUUUCUCACUGCUGUAGGGUGGCAGUUGCGACUGAUUUGUUAAUGUCUGUGUGAUUUGUUAACUUAGACUGAAGGAAAUUCAUUCAGAGGCCAUCUGCUGUUUGGCUUUCUCCUGUCGAGUUCUCUGUGCCAGCUGCUGUGACUAUGAAUAAACAAGUACACAGAUGCAAGAACCCAUAUCCCUCCCACUGUCCUGUAUCUUGUCCAGGUCUCUGUGUGUUGUCUUUCCUCAGCAUAGACAAUUAUAAAUAACCACUUAUUUCUCUCUGUUCCUCCAUUCAUCGCUAAAUAUUAGAUAUCCUCCUCUUCUCAAAUUUCCAAGCUCUCAUCCUGUUGUCGUGCAAAGGCAAGGCAUGACAAGCUCUGCUUUAUUUUUAUCCACUCCUUGUGAGUGGGAGUUGGGCCCAUGUAGAAAGCACUGCCAUGCUCUGAUUGGUUGCCAAGUCCUCAAGGGUAUUCCACCAUGCUUGCCGCCAAGUGACCGGCAGUGGAUUUACCUGGCUGCUUGGCACACAGCUUGAGGGCUGGAUGGACAGCUUUUAGUGUUACUCCAUUUCAAAGAGUUGUUAGCUGGAAGUUUUACUUUGUAUGUGUAUGUGUUCAUUCUCCUGUUUGUAGAUAAAUAGAAAUUAAGUGCACAUUUUACUUGUGAACACUGCUAAAGCUCUAUGACACAUUUACAAGGUUGGCCAUAGUAACUUUUUAACGCAAAUCUGCAAAUGUUUGUUAAUGAGUGGUUUCUAAUUGCAAAAAAAUCCCCCUCUCUUAAACCUCGCCAGAAAAGCCUCAAUAGACAGUUUAUUUUGAUUAAUUUGUUUUUUCUAAAGUUCUGCUAUAAUCGAUAUGAAGAACCGAAAGAGCUUAUUUCUUUGUAGUUGAAAGCUAAGGCUUACAUCCUUAAAGUCAUCAGGUUAAGUGUUAGUUGAGGAACAAGACUGCAUUCCUAUGUGGAGUGUAAAACAGAACAAGAACCAGUUGGAGCAAACUUUUGCAGCAGAAAGCACGGGUUUUGUCUGUGCUGUCAAGUUGUAUGUUUGCUGAUGUCAUUUGCAGAUGACAGGGGUCCUCCUAAGUCUUGGGGGAGAUAUUUUCAGGAUCCUGUUCAAGUUGGUCCUGUUUAAGGGUUUUUGCUUUCUUAAGUAAGAAAACAACUACAAAAUGUAUGCAAAAUAUUUGUGUAGCACUUUUGAACUGCUCAGAAGAAUUAGCAUUUCUGAAAAGUAAUAGAAAUUUGAAAGAUCGUAUUUCUUGUAUGAGUACAAAUUCAGGUUAGAUUAACAUGUUAGGUGUUUAUUUGAAUGUAUUUAGGUGGGAAAAUGUAUACUUUAUCAGUAACUUUUUGUUUUGCCUUUUUCACGAGGCACUGCACAACAUCCACAGUGAAUUGCACUCUUUAGUGUACAGCUGGCUGAUAUUUCAUCAAUACAAGAAGACACCAACAUCUGGUAAAUUUCAAAAAGAACACAUGUAAACAGGUGAGAAAACCUAAUACUAUAUUAAGUCUAGAAGCAUCUGAUCACUGUUUUUUUUCACCUCUGGAUCUUUGAAUCAGCACAGUCAGUUUGCAGCCAGAAUGCUGUUGUAAACUUACUCUACUAUGUCAAUGGUGGUCAUCAUAAUUUUUAACCCCAAAGAAAAAGCAGCCAAAGCCUUAUCAAAAAAUUGCCUCCACAAAAGACUUGGUCUGAUCGGAAAACCUCAAUGAGUCCAGAAAUAUGGUAUCUGAUUUGCCUUGGCAUUUUGACUUUAUAUAAUGAGACCUAAUUAAUCACAGCUGUCCUCAGCAAUCAUAACAAAGUAUCAGAACCCCCCAGGUAAUACUAAUCCUGUGCAAAUAGGGCUUUACAGAAUCUCUCUAGUCCCUGAAUGUUUGGAAAUUCUUUGUAGAAGGAGCUUUUAAUAAAAUAAAAUACUUUUAAAUAUUCUGAUUGAGGUCAUAAAGGCUCAAGGUUUGGAUUUCUAUUAAAAAAACGUGGUCUAUUUGUGUCAAAGAGUGCUAAUUAUAAUCACAUCACCGCAGUACAUUUAUCCUUACCGCUUUUUGAUUUCCAGCAAGGAUUUAUUCACUUCCUCCUGGCAUCUUUCUCACACAUUAGAAUUUGAAUUCAUAGUUUUUUUUAAUGCUCGGAGUUUAAAGAACCUUUGACUAACUCACUUUGUGGAUGCACAGUUCAUAAAUAGCAGAAGGGGAGGCAGAGCCUAAUGUGAGCCUAACUGUGUUAUGCUUUUAAUGUGCCAUAAAGCUGCAUUUUUAGAUCUUAAAAGAUCCCUUGAUGAGGUUUGUGCUGACUGUGCUCGCUGGAGUCCUGGUGGUGAAAGUGCAGGUUGUGCAGCAGCAGGUGUUCACUUCUCUCCGUUAAUUGGCGCUCAUGUUGCUAACUCACUCCACCAAGUCUUUGAAGCAUCUCACCAAGUAGAGACUUCAUUAAAACCAAGGCUACAUAAUUGGGAACCCACCGUGUGGGAAUCCCCUCUCUGUGUUGCAGCAUGUCUGGCUGCCUACAAGGUGAACAUAUAAUUGAUAGCUCAUUCACUGGGGUGGCUUUUUACCAAUAGGACUCGUGUGAAGAGUGGUUUAAUGUUGUGUUUCUGCCCUGUGUGGGGACUGUUUCUGUUUCUGUCACAAGUCAGUUUGCAGUCAUUUCAUUUGUUGGAUUAUUAACAUGUUCAGUUUGCUCAUUGUAGAGAGUACUGAUGUAAACAUAACCCUUUUAAACUUCAGUAGCCAGUGAGCUAACUGCCUACCCCUCAGCAAGGUCACCCAGACUGGCAGAAGUCCGUCACUGAAGACCAUAUUUGCAUGGCAGCCAUUUUCUUGCAGUGUAACUCUCAGGAUGCAAAGUUCAAAUAGUGUGAUAUUUCACUCCUGUGUGUUAAGUUGUAGUUUGUUUUAUUUAUGACAAUCUGAAAGAUUGUUGUCAUUUCAUCACUAACAGCUACAAAGCCAGUGGAUGGUGAAAAUACAAAAUAAAGUUUAAGCCUGAAAACACAUUUGACAGCUCAUUUGCUAACAUCAGAGCACAGUUAACGUUACAUUCAGACACUUUCUAUUUGACAUCCUCGGGAUCACAGAUAUGAUGAAAGAAAAAUGUACUAGAGAAUGUUUGUAGAGAGAAGAACAGUGGGGAGAGUGUACAAGGAUAUUAAGUGUAGGGAGUCAAACCAGUGACUUCUGGAAUCAGGACCAUCGUCUCUGUAGAUGUACACCUAUACUAGCUCCUUUCACCAUCUAUUCUCACUUCAUGAAAGCUCUGCAAACAAUAUGAGGUUUAUGCAGUGUGCAUGACAACCUUAUCAGCUGGUGACUUCCAGUUGUUACCAAGACAACAGUCAAAGCAUUCAUCUGACAGUGAAAGGAUCACUUGUUAAACACGGGUGUUACCUUCAUCACCCAGAGGCACACUCAGGUGGCACAAUGAAAAACCUUAAUUCUCACCAGCAACUGCAAACAAAUCAACAAACAGGCAAAUAAGUUUGCCAAAGGCCUGAAUAUAGAAAGAAUUGAAAGGGAAAGAGCAACUGAAUUUCCAGAGAGUAAGAUGAGACUCCCUGUACUGUCCCUAAAUGUUUAAAAAAGCUCAUAUGAUCUUUUUUUAUUUACCUUAUUUAAAAAAAAAAAAAGGUAAAUUCGCGUUAGUGCUACUUAGCCCAUGGAAAUGUUUUACUUUAUAUUUAAAGAAACACUCAAAUUAUAAUACCUGCUAUCUAAGCAGUGGCUCAGUGCUUGGGGCUUUCUCCAGUCCUCUGACCAUUCAAAGCACUUUUACAUUACAUAUCACAUUCACCCGUUCAUGGCACAUUCAUACACUGGUGAUAAUAGAGGCUGUUAAGUAGAACACUCACCAGUUUUUGAACUAAUCCCGUAACUGAACACAGCCAGCAGGAGCAGUUUAAGGUCAAGCAUCUUGACCAAGGACAUCUUGGCAUAUAGACAGCAGAAAGACGACCGGCUCCACCACUGAGCCACAGCUGCCCAAAUGUAAUGGAAGCCAAAGGGCUGUCAAACACGUUUUUUUUUUAAGUUAGAAUAUGGCCAAGUGACUCUGGAUUUCACUUUCCAUUGUCUUUUUAGCUGUCUACUUAUCAGGAAACAAUGAAAAAGCCAGAUUGUCAAUGUUAAUAUGACUUACGACCUGAAACAAAGUAGUAAAACCUGAUAAUGUUUGCGUUUUCCAACCCUUAGUCUGGCAUCAAAAGUUUAUGGCCGCUGUGGGAAUAGGUCUGGGAUUACAUUUUAUUCUACAUUUUGUCCACUAUCACAUAAAUCUUUAGUUUGCAUGUAAAAAUUGGAUUUCAGAGCUAACAUGUAGUUAAAGUUAAUAACUUCUGCUGCUUUCACAUGUAUUUUUGUGACACAGUUAAUAGAAGUAAUGGCCUUCUCCAUUUCAUCCAUCAGCACUGUCAAAACAGCCUGCUAUUGGUCGACUUUAAUUGGCCCGUCACUAAAGUUCAACUACACAUUUAACAUUUGGGUUCUGCCUCCUCAUGCAGAUCCUGGACUCUUGGCACUCCUACACCAAUUCUGCUGAGUCCAGGUCUUUAGACAUGACUCUGUUUUUAAGGGGCUGUGAAGAUUAAAGGAUGAAGACAUUUAACGAGCGCUGAAGGUCCAAUAAAAGUGGCUAUUUAGUACCAUUCUGGAAAAUGUAAGAUCUAGCAUUUUGGGGGUUUCGCCUCAUGGGCACCAAAAGUUAGGAUUUCUCUGCCUCUGUUGAAUUUGCGGUCCCUUUUUUUUUCUUUAAAAAUCAGCCUCAAUGCAAUGAAAAUCCUUCAAAUGUGACAUGUUGAACAUGUUUAAAAAUGCUGUUUGAUGCAAAACUCAACAACAGAAGAUGGUUUAGGGUGACUUGACCUUUUUUCCAAUGCAGCUGCAUGCAUAGAUAACAAAGAGUUUGAUGAGAUAUCUGCCGAUAUUUGACAGUUCCAUCCAACACUGCUGUCUAUUCUUGUUCCAGCUCAUGGACUGUGAUAUAACUUCAUGUCUAAGUGGAAGAUGAAGUCAUCAAGUUCACAUACAAUGCUGCACUUCUUGUUAAAGAUUUAAAUGCCUUAUGUAAGCUCAUGAAUUCGUCCUCUCUAACCCCAACUGUGGCUACAUAACAGAAGAGAAUAACUCCACUGAAAUGACUCUCAUCCAGUGAAUCAAGCUAUACAAAUACGCUGGUAAUGAAAACUCAGAGGGAAACAUGACAAAAUUAUGCAACUGUUAAAAGAAACACACCAAAAUGUGUGUUUAAAGUAAAAGAAAGGAGCAGCUGAAAAUGCAUCAUGAUAAUGAAUGAAGGCGUUUUAAUUGGGGUGUGAAAGAAAUUAUAAUGCGCAGACUCCAGCCCUCCACACUUAUCUUAGUCACCAAUUAGGUAGCACAAGCUGAGGAUAUUAGCAUUUUCAAUUUAAAGCCCCCCUUUGAGUUCAGUAACAGAUCAAGACCUGAUGAAGUGUUCUGAAAACAAGCCCACUGGGCCUUCAUUUACAGACACACUGAGGCUGUUUGAGUGAAUGAGGCUGCUGCUGUUGUCUGAGGACAUGUUGUGAAAAUUAGACAGCCUUCUCUCUUGUUAUUAAGGUGGCUAUAUGCACUAAAGGGACUUGUAACUUUUAUGCUUCUUAAUUAGUCUAUGAUGGUAAUCAAUAGCUGCCAGACACUGAAGAGAGAGCUACAUUUAAUAGCUGAAAUGUCAAGAUGAGACAUUUGCGCAGACCGUCUGGAAUCGGUGGAAGGAUCAUGGCACAGGAACUGGCAGCUAAAAAUGAUGUCUCAUCAUUGCUUUCACAUGUAGCACCCUGGGUUGCACUGAGAAUUUUGUUCGUGUAAUCACUUCUAGCUGUUCAAAAUCUGCCAGUAUCCAUCAAACACUGAAGUUUCCUUUCCUCUGAGUGCCCUGCCCACACACAUAUAGAGCAUGCAGGGUCAGGACAGAGAGGGAUAUGUUUCUCAUGCACAGAGAAAGCAGAGGAAGUACUCGUUGGUUUCACAGGGAAAGCAGGUUGCAACUUGCAAAUGUUUCAGUGACAUCACUAAUGGAAAUAUUAGCCAGGCGCUGGCUGUUUGGUCGGCAGUUGGUACUUAUGGAAAACCCAACCCUAGCUGCUCUCCUUUUCUUACCUUGUUCAUUAUCAUGUACAAAUGUUGCGUAGCAACCGCAACAUUUGAUGUUUUUAUUUUUAAUGUUACUUUAAUGUUUCUUAAUGUUACUUUUAAAGAUUAUUUAAAGUUUUAAUACCCCUCUCAUUUUUAAUGGUUGUAUUGCUUGUCACCCUGCUAAGUUUGAAACAGUUUCCAGAACUAGUCUUGACAUGUGUCCUUCAGAAGAUGCAGCCUCUGAACUGAAAACAGCUUUGCUUUGAAAAGAAGGUAACCUCUGCAAAUAAGUUGUCUACUGGUGAAAAUCUUUCACACAAUCAGUGCUGAAAGAAUACCGAGCUAAAAAGGGGCUACAGUCAAGUUCUCCACAAGUUGAGUUUAUGUAUGAAGGAGCUUAGAGAUGUGCUGAAGUCCAUCCAUGCAUACACUGAUGAAUUCAGAGUGUUUCCCUGUUUUAAUCACAGGGUCUGUUGAUUUUGAAGAGGAGGAGACCUCUGUGGAUAAAUCAGCUGCUCAAAUAACCCAGUGAUUGAUGAAUGCUGCAGAGUCAUUUUGACAUUAUGUUCAUUUUCACUGCCUGCCACGCUGUAGCUCUUCUAUUUUUGUGUGAUGCACCCAGGUGCAGAUUUUUGCAAAGUACAUGACAACUUUUGGUCUUUAAACUGAUUAAUGAUUUAAGGGACAGUCCUAUGAGGUACUCAAAUAUUAAACCAGACAGAGGACUCACUGACUCUGCUCAUGUGUGUCAUGUCUGCUAAGUUUCCCUUUACCUCUGUUUAUUCAUGUUGGUAAAAUUUCCUUCAUUUUUGCAAAUUCAUGUUUCAUGUCAUGUCCCUCCUGGGUUUUUUUUUUGUUAAUCACUAACCCUUGUUUCUGUCGUCUAGAUUUGUCCCUGUCUUGUCAUACCUGCUUCCUGAUUUUGUCUUCCCACCUGUUUCCCAUCACCCUCAUUACCUAUUGUAUUUUACCCUGUAUGUUUUACAGUCUUGUUGCCAGUUUGUUGCACUUCAUAGUCUUGUUCCAGCAUUAUACAUAGUUGUUGAUACCUGUGUAUUACCUUGCCUGUCUUUUUUGGACCUUGCCUUUUUGCCUCACGUUUUUGGAUACCUCUGUCCGAGCUUUAAUAAACCUUAUUUGUUAGACAAACUGCUUUGGUGUCUUGCCAUUGGGUCCUCUCAUUUCUUGACAAUGUGUGUUUUAGAACAUUGUCUUGUGCAUAGAGAGCUGCAGCUCUGCUUAACGGCAACUGGCAGAAUACUACAAUGCUCUACUACACAGAUGUAAACAAGCGCAGAUGACAGAUAGCGUCUCAUGAUCACAAUAUUGUCUGUCAUUACUGUGAUCUGAAAAAGGGACAUUAAGCUGUAUGCAGGCUAUAAACUAGCAUAUAUUUACCAGUUUAAUGUGUAACUAGCACAGGCAUGCAGACAUUAAGCUGCCAGGGUGACUAAAGGCUGGUGGUGCUAGCUCUGCCAAAGUUAGUCUGACAGUCUUCAAAAAACAUGCAGCAGCCCAUCUGCUCUCUGUAGUAGGUUUGAUAUUUGAGGAGAUGUUCUAGAUAGUUAUAUAUUUUGCUGUCCUUUGUUGCACUGCUGUGGGUUGGGAGAGCAGCAUCUCAUUGUUUUAGUUCAGCCAAAUACAAAAGUAAAAUGACAAUCUAAAAUGAAACUGAAAUCUUGAAUAAUUCAGAAUUAUAACUAACUAGAUACCAGUACCAGUGGUGGAGGCUAAUGUUGUUGUUUGUUCAGUAACAGGUUAUUGUAGUGUCCUACUGUCUUUACCAUAGGCUGUAUAUACUAUGGACGACUUGAUUCUGCCUUCCAUCAUUAUAUGAAUUUGAAGCCGAAUUGCUCUCGGUAUUCCCGGGAUUUUCUCCACUUCCUGGAACCACCACGUGCGGAGUAGCAUUGUGUGCAUUCGGCAGGAGAGUCGCUGUGAUGACACUCGACUCAAACAGCGUAUCCCUGGAUGAGCUACACAAUCUUUGUGGGCCUAUAGGCUGUAUCAAGUGUCAACAGGGUUUUUCCUGCGUUCAAAAUUGCGUGGCGGCCGCCUCCACCUAAUUUUGUGCCGCCCCCAGCCAGAGCGAUUGAUUUCGCUCAACACAGCGUAAAGCUCCAGCUGUGUUGAUUGAGCGAUUGAUGUCCCGAUGCAGCAGCAACGUAUUUUAACUGCAGUUGCAGCGCUGCGCCACUAUAGAGGCGCUAUAUCAACAGCAGUGCACCGGAAAGACCUGAAGCAUCUACCGAAGAAGAAACGGAUCGAAUCAUGUUUUUUCAAGUUUCUUUCCCGCUAGUUGGUGCUAUCGGCGUCCUGAUUUUCCCUGGCGGAUGGUACAAACAGGUAAAUACUGCUUCUCUUUUUUGCAUCCAAGCAUGUCGUGUUAAUUUAAAAAAAAAAAAGUUUACUCCGUUUUUAGCGUUGCAGUUAUGACAGGCAAAAUCAGCCAGUACUUUAAAAAGCGACCUCGCGAGGAGGAAAGUCAAGAGUCCAGGUGAAACACAGCAGAGAAAAAACGUAACAGGCAGUUAAAAUGCUAUAAUUCAUGGUGGUGACAAUGUGGAAAUUUGUGUCAGGUCUGAAAGUACUUCACAAGGGACUGGUGAUCGCGAGGGUCAGAAUGCAGGACAGGACGAGUCGGCGAGGCGAGGGUAAUUAAUUAAUUAGUUUCCAAUUAGGAGCAUAACAACGCAAAGCCGACGUGUACGUGGUUUUUAUUCCUCUUUCCAGAUCUUCUCAAAAACACAGAGCCAGUGGCUUUGACAAGCAGUGGCUCAAUCAAUUUACCUGGCUCAGGCAUACUGAGGAAGGCAUGCACUGCUGUUUAUGUCAAAAGCACUGUGCCCCAACACAGCAGGCAAUUGCUGCCUCCUUAGUGAGACAGCCAUCAACCAACUACAGGCUGGACACAUUAAAAAGACAUGAGGUGACAGCCGUUCACAAAGCAGCAGAAGAGAAGGAGAAAUAUAUUAAAGAUGGUAGUACCUAAAAAAAAACUCAACUAAUAAAGUUACAAAAAAAAAAUAACAUAGUUUAGAUAGUUUAAGAAAUAAUUGGUUGUCGUUUUUUUUUUUAGGGAGGACACUGCAGCGUAUACAUAUAUAUAGUAUGUGAUUGAAAACACUAUCACUCUUCAUGUCUGUAUCAGAAUAAAAACAAAAUUACUUAAUGCAUGAUGAAUGGUUUUGUUUAAGGUGAAGACACCUCUGUGGAACAGACUGAAGGAGAGGCACUUGGAUGUCUGUUGUAAGGUGGCUGUUGAUGGACCAGACCAGGAGGCCUUGGACUACAAGGAGUGCAUGAGGAGGUUCUACAGAAUGAAAAAGAGGAGGCUGAAAUGUUCUGUCUGGUUGCGAGAUGUGUGGAUGAAGUGUACUUUCAAUUUAAAGUUGCCAGCUGAUUUGUGUAUGUAUAUAGUUUUAAUAAAUUAAUGCUUUAACAUAAUAAUGGUCACACUCUUUUUUGAACUCUUAACUUAAAGUAUGUUGCCUGUAAAAGAAAGUGAAUCGGUUGAAUUUACAAAUACAUGCACGUCGUGGCGCAUGGUCAGGAUGGUGCCACCUCCGCCUCAAUUUGAGCCAGGAAAAACCCUGGUCAAUCAACAUUGCAAUCAGAAUUUGUAUUGUGUAUUAUUAAUUUUCUAAAGUUUGUCCUCAACUCCGGAGGAGGCAGGACUUAUGACCUAUACUGCAGCCCAUCACCAUAGGGUGCUGUUCUCACGGAGGCUUCACCCAGCAAAGAGGCAGACAGCUUCCAUUCUAUUCUAAGUCAGAGCUCAUCCCUGCACUUUCCUCCAUAGUUCUUUUAUAUUCAACAUGUUGCUCUGAUUUUGCCUGUGAUCACUGUAAAAGAUUUGGAAGAAAAACACAAUUUGUAGUAUCUCACACACGUGAACAUGCAUACAGACUAGCUCUCCUUCUGAGAGGCUGGUAUGAGCUGGUAGUGCUAACUCUGCUAAUGUCGGCCACACUCUGCAAAAACUGUUUUGACACGUGUAACUGUACACGUGUACAGUAACUGUAACUGCAGACUCUGUGACCCCAUGUUUAGCAGGUGUGAUGACAAUGUCCUGAGUGUUUUUUAACCGCUGGACUUGUCAGCUAGUCAGAAUUUGAAUGUCCUGUCAAAGCAUCUGUAAAUUAGUCACUUAACAUCAUCCCUACCCUGCAGUCAUAACAUCCACACCCCUUACUAUGCCUCACUCUGCAUAACUCUUGCCAGAGUAUAAUCAGAAAGGAUGAGUCAGAAGACCCUCUGACUGCAGAUAAAACCCUGUGAAUGCAAAAGGGUUGAUUUUGUCUCAUUAUUUAUUGAGUGACACAACUUGACAAGUCAGGUACCGAAAUCCUGUGACCUGUGAAAACACACUCCUGUUAAGACCUAAAUGAAUAAAAGUUGCUGCAAUAUUUUCUCUCCCUUUGCCUUGGAUUUCACUUUUAUGUCUUAAGUAAAGCAGCUAAUCAUCUGAACCCCAUCAUAAUCUCUAAAAUCGUUCAGUGUUGCUGGCAAAGAGGAUGAAAAGCUUAUGAAGAGGAAAUAUUCAGAAAUGAGGAGCUAAUUCUGAGAUGUAAUCAAAAAUCUGCCUUGUUAAUCAUUUCUUUUUAGCCUAACAGAAAACUCACUCAAUUAUUGCAGCCAUGAGCGUAACUAAGCUUCCUGCUUCCACCCCAGUAAUUAAAUUCAACAGACGUGGAGUUAUAGCUGAAGAUACUUACUAAAGCUGAAUAUUGCACCCAGUUCAGUCUUAAAAUAUACCGUAGGUGGGAUGUUUUUGUUUCCCUAUAAAGCUGAGCUGUAAAAUUCCUGUUAUGUAAUUCAACGUGAGUCGCUUUACUGCUCUUUACAGGUUUUAGAAGAAAAUCAAGGUGUGUUAGUGUCCCUCUCUGGGGAAGAAAUCUGGGUGUCUCUUCAGAUUCGUUUUGUUCUGCUCUCUCCCAGACACUACUUGAGUUGGACAAAGAAAUGAGGACGAGCUGUCUGUCCCUGAGUUUUGAGGCUUUCAGCAGUGACUGAGAGCCCCAGAGAGUGCUGUCUCAUGAUGCUCAGCAGUCGAGGAGGAUGAGUCAGCAGUGAGGACGCUGGAUCAGACUCUCCAUCCUAAUGUUCUGCUCUUUUAUAACUACUGAUUUGAAGGCAAGCUCUGCUGAAAAAGAGAAAAGAGUAGCAGCUCAGCCACAUACUGUAAAGCCAAUAUAUUAUUGUGAUCUGCAUGGCUGCAGCCUCCGAAGAUUUCAUGGGAAAAUUAUUUGGAUAGAGUUGAAAACUAAUGUACAAUGCCUGUUGUACCUUUCUUGGUGCCAAGUUUAAAUCUUUAAAUGUCAGUUGUAAUUGUUUUAACCAAGUCUGGUCUACAUGGUGAAGUAUAUGAUAAGGAGACUCUAUUUACUGUAGAUUAGUGGUUUCAGUAAAGCUCCUGUGGGGGUGGUUUUCGGUGAUUACAAAACAGUGAUGCUGCCUCUGUUGUAUUUGAUCAAACACAAACAACAAUGUGAUAUCAUUUUCUGUUGGCCGUGAUCCUGCUCUGUAAUUAUUGGUACCAGCAUGGGCACUGGCAUCAGCAUUUGAAAAACCAGCAUCUGUCAACCACAGCCUUAAACCACAAAGAAAUGGUGUAUACCAUCAGGUAAAUUCCAAAAUAAAACACCAUAGUCCGACUCUAAACUUAAUUACUGUAGAUGAGAAAUACUCAUUGAUGAUGGGUUUAUUGUAAACACAGAAAACUUUACAGCCUUUAGCUCCCGAUCGUCAGGGCUCCCCCAGAAACAAGUGGCUGUUGGAAGAGAGUGAGUGAGUUGUGUUUUGUCUCUUUGCUAAAGAAACCAGGCAAAGCAAAAAAGAUGUUUGGUGGCUAGUACUAUGGCUUGGACCCUAUAUGUACUGUUGAUGAAGUUAGGUGCUGUUCUGAGCAUUAUUUGUGGCUAUAGAGUGGCUUUUUGGUUGAGGUUUGUGUGUGAAGGCGUAGACCGCUGUGUAUUGCUAUUGUACGGUCGUUACUAAAGUUGGUAUAACUAGAGAAGCAAGUGGUCGGUAACAUUCAUCUCUUGGGGGGGGUGUCUAACUCGGUGUUACAAUUUGUUUGACCAUAACUUAAUAUUGGAAUAUCCCUUUAAUAAUCACAAUACUUGCUCGCUAACAGUAGAGGCUCAACAGUCAGAAACUGACAUUCAAAUUAGCAGGAAGUUGAUCACGGGAAGGCAAAGUAGCCUGUUGUCAGGGUGUUGUUUUCUGGAAACUGAGUCUAGCUGUUCCUGACUGUGCUCGCUCUAAACACUCCUCCGGUGGGCCAGGAUGUCCACACCAGAGGGAGCAAAACCAAAAAUUGGCAUACUCUGUGGGUUCUCUUAAAACACAAAGAUUAUUGUGGACUGGACUGAUUUUACCAAUUGUGAAACGCAGGGCUGAUACCAGCACUAAUGUUAAAAAUAACAGUUAAGCUGAUUGUUAAUCCUGUUUUUUUGUGUUAUUGAAUACAGCACUUACAGCUUCAUGCACACAAAAUUUGACUUCAUUAGACAACUUAUAAUGAGGUUUAAUUCUGAACAGACCGUGGCUAAGUAAGUUGAACUGCUAUCUUGAGUGGGCCAGCUCUGGAGUUAAAUAAGCUGGAUGAUGUAUUGAAAAAUCGGUGUGAGAUCAUUAGCAUAAUCAGCAGUGAAGCAUCAGAUCUUGCCUUGCAGAUAUGGGCACCAGUGAAGGCACAGACACGUGUAAUUAGUCUCCCUGAUUAAAACUCUUUCUGUAAACAGUUGUAACCGGGGCCUAUUUGAUUAGCUGUGAAUUGGAGACAGAUUAUGCUCACUGAGGGAGACAGUGUAUGGAAAUUUUCAGGACUUGGUUACACUACAUUUCCUUCACAUGAAUAAUGAAUUGCAGCUUCACAAAAAGUGAAAAACAACAAAUCUGUACUGGCAGCUGUAAAGACAGAUGUUUCAUGUUGCACAGAGGAGCAUGUAGAUGAUUAGAAUCAGAUUUAUAAGUCAAGAGUGAGUAAGAUAAAAUGUCAGAAACUGAGUUAGUCAGAGCCAUCCAGAGUCUGCUCGGUGCUUCCCAGCAGACUGGUCUUAAAUGAAGCACUUUGGAUCUGUUCCAUUAGACUUAUAGGGAUAUAAGAUAUCGGCUCCCUGCCAACCAUUUGCUCUGAUGCUAAAUGGAUAUAAGAGGAGGAUGUGAUUGAUUUCUUCCCCAUUUGCUGUGCUCCAGUCCCCUUCAUUAGUAAAACCACUGAGGAUAAAAAAAUUGGAAAAUCAUACACUCAUCUAUCAAUAAGUCGACCCUGUCUCAGCAGCCCUGAGAUGGAAACUAAGUGAUUUAUUCUGGUUUAUUAGGCCCUAUGCUCCUAAAAAUGAUGAAUACAUUAUUGGAUUGUUAUGAAAUUAGUUGGGUGUUUUACAGCCAUUUAUCAGACACAAACCAUAACAGGCCCUUGUAAAAAAAAAAAAAGAAAAGAAAAGAAAACAAACACUGGCAGAGUAGUUAGACAACAUUUUGCAGCAUAGUAAAGCAGACGCUCUUACUGUUUGGCUUAUUAAGCUACGAGAAUAGUUGUGGUCCUAUUCUCUUGUAUUCACCAUAAGAACAGCUUGCACCAGAUGAAUUUCUUUUAGUGCAAGCUGACAUUAAGGAGCACUAUGAACCCCCUGCUCCCAUCAGCCUGACCUUCAAAUUGAUAGUUCUACCAACACUGCAUGACGCAAAUAUUUCUUUGACCAUUUGUGAUUUGUUCAAGAAGAAUGAAAUGAAAGUCCAUAAACGAUGGUGCGGUUCUAUGUAACUGAAAGUUAAAGUUUGAAACUUGUAGACCCUGAUUAGAGUUACUAACUGAUUGUUAUGGUGGCCCUUUUGAACCAACUGAACAAACAUUUCCUGACUUUUCAUUUCAUUUCAUUCUUUUUUUUUUGUUCUCAUUGGUCUUUAGAUUGUGAUUAUGAAGUUUUAAUAAAAAUCAUGUUACCUGUGUCAUUUUCAAGGGCUUCUCUCCUGCAGAGCUCCAGUAGCUCAUUAGCAAUUCGCUUCUGAGUUAUGGGUGGAGACAGCGCUGCUCUACACACCCCUCUUCAUACUAGCUUGUAGCCUAACAUUGCCGGUGUCGUAGAAGUGGUAGGUAACAUAGGAGCUAUUCAGCUCUUAGACACUAAUGUCUUUGGGGAUAUGAUGAAAGUUAAUACUAUAAUUAUUUAUUUAUUUUUUUUUAAUUUUGUGCUCUGUUGAAUUUUUUCAGUUCAGUGACAUAUUUUUAUAUGUUGCUUAUACUGUUUCAUGAUAUGCCUCUGUAUAUAGGAUGUUUGUGUUUGCACUGCUGGGCAUGAUUUGGGCUGGUUUCAGAAUAGUUUAAUCGAACUGAAAAAACAGAAUGCACAUACAACCACAGGUGCAGCUGUAUUGCAUUUUCUUUCAAUUUUUUAAGGAUCUUGGCUGCAAGGACAGAAAUGCGAUCAUUGUCAUUCAUUCUUUUUUUUUUUUACAAAUAAGCUCUGAUCAAUUGAUCCAUAUAAAGACAGUCUUUGUUGAUUUUUUUCAAUGUGCAAAAAAAUGAGGAAUUGCUUCAGCCAAGUUGCUCAGAAUUCAGGCCUCCAUAGAACAUACAUACAUUUAGCAUUGGAAAACAUGUAUCUUGUACCGAAAUAUACUGUUAUCACAGUGGUAGAUAUCGUGUGUUGUUAGGGUGGUGCAUCUUAGAGUGUUGAUAUGACCGAGCAGGUGAAAAAAUCUUUGUUGUUUUAGUGUAACAAACACUAUCUCAACUUUAACAGAAAGAACAGUGUUUUUCCCCCGUCCUUCCUCUUAGUGAGAGGAUGAUGAAGAAAAUGUGUCCAAAAUCUUGAAGCCAUCAAAUGUCAAUAAUCAAGAUUUGAUUAAUCUGAGGGUAGGCUUGGUAUUCUGUUUUAAUACUGUGCAGAUAAUGUACAGCUACAAACCUAAGACUUCUCCUGUUUCAGCUUUGUUUUAUUAUGUAUCUUAGUAACUCAUCAGCCUAAAUGGGAAAUUUCCAUGUUGGAACAAACAUAAUGGUGGCAGAGGCAGCAGCACUGUAAUUACAUCUGGACCUGAUGCCACUGCUGACCUCUCGGUCACCCCCACACACAGUAAUGAGCUCCCUGGGCAGCAGUGACAGCCGUGCCAGAGAAAGCACAGCCAACAGUCCUGCUGUUAUGUUUCUGUGAGUGUCUGAAUAGAGGACGCCUUUGUCUCUCAUGUAACCCAUCUCUUUCUUCUCUUGCAGUUGGAAAGACGUCUCUGAUCACACGGUUCAUGUAUGACAGCUUUGACAACACAUAUCAGGUAGGUGCCACAGCAGACAUAUAGCAGGCACUAAGGGGAAUACUUUGUCUGUGAGGAUCAACCUCUGACUCUGUCUUUCCGUCUAACUGUUCUGUGUCAGACAUUAAUCAAAGAAUUAGAUUUCAUGAUGGUUUAUUCACCAGAAAUAGCUGUUUGUAUUUGCACAGACUAGGAAGUUAUAGCCAAAAAUGAUGUUUAAACAGACACCUUUGAACUGAACAACAUCAACAGCACUGCUGGCCCUCAGGCAAUCACUAUUCCUUCUUUCUUUUCUCUAAAGCAGCCUAAUCUUGUCUCAAAAACAGGAUAUUGCUUAUGCAGCUACAGUUUUCUCAUACAGGUCUUUGCAAGUGUCUCCAGACUCACUAAGGAGCCUAAAAUAAAACCUGCAGUAUUAUUGCUUUAUGAGUAGAAAGCAUCUACUUACAUAGUAAUAAAAAAGGAAUCAGAAAUAAAUCUCACAAAGCUUUUAGGCUUCCAUGUCAUACGGUUUAGAGAGUGAGUGAGAUUUUUGGAGUGUCAUUGUGUUUGUGCUCAAAUCACAGUGUUAUGAGGUGAAAAGACAUUAAGCAGAUUAACCUCAGAAAUGCUAAAACAAUCUUAUGUUUAUGGAAAACAAUCUUAUGUUUGUGGGUUUAUGGAAACACUGAGUGGAAGGUAACUUAAGUUUUCUAAACUUCAAGUAAGAAAUCUGGCUUAAUUUGUCCCUUCGUAUUCUUCAUCAUCUAUGAAUAAUGAUAAUAAAGCCACCUUGAAUCUUGAACCUUGAUAAUACCAACCAUAUAACUCAGAGCACAACUGGAUGUCUGUGUAAGGUACUUCUAGCUUUUUUCAUAGAGUUGCAAAGGCAUCUUUCUCACAAUUCAUGGAAAGUGUUUUUUUUGUUGUUGUUAUACAGCUAAGUUAUGAGAGUAGGUCACAUUAGGAUUUCAGACAAUCUGUUUUGGGGGGUCACCGAGAGGGAAAGGUUCGAAACUCUGUUUCUGUGUGAAGAAUUGCUCUGUGUUGCAAUGUGCAGUUAUAUGUAGAUGUGUUGCUCUUCCUAGUAACCUAAGCCAUCCCCACCCUGCCUGCUGCCGCUGACGACAGACAGCCGGUGGUGGUGCUGACAGCAGGAAUGUCACAAUCUACCUGUAGUGAUGUUAACUGCCUGUAAAAACAAAAACAAAACAAACAAACAAAAAAAGAAAUAUUGAUAUCUUGUGUGAAAAAAAGCUGAUAGUAAUACCCUUCCCCAGUCUACUGUAGUGGUCCUGUUAGCUAGUUUCCACAUGACAUAAAGGGGAGUAGAGCUUGUGCCUCUGGAUUACUGAUCAAUAUUCACUCUUUCUGACUGCGCCUUCAGCUGUUUUCAUUCAGUCUUAUGAGUCUUAUAUAAGAAACAUAGCAACUGAAACCCAAGACAAAGAAAUGAUCAAAGUCAAAGUCCAACAAACAACCAUUUAUGAAGCAGUGUGGUCACAUGGCAGAUGAUGGCAUAUCGUACAUUUGAAUAUUAUUGGAAAUGGAUGAUGAAGUGUAAGGUAGUUGUGGGUUUUUUUUCCACAAAUAUUUUGAUUAUAUAAUUUUUACAAUAUCUUAUGGCCACCAUUACCAUAAGGGGAAAAAUGGUAUCAUGACCGCUUUAGAUGACAUUCGGGAGUUAUGUCAGUCGCUUGUUGUCUUAAGCUGAGUCUAAUGGUCAACAAAGUGUAUUUAUUUACUUAUUUGCCUAAUGGUGUUCUGCUGUUUAUUUUAAAUGUAUAGAAAUGUGUAGCAAAGUGAUUAAAAAGAGGCCUGUUACACUGGUUAGCCUCGCUUUAUUCCAGCAUGUGUUCACUUUGAAGCAGUCCAGAUUUCUUCAAAAUAUUCUUCCCAUUAAGGAAUCCAAUAUUUUCACAGGAUGUUAAAGAUUCAGGUUUUGUGUUUGAUUGAUUGUAAGGAAAGGACUUCAAACAUGAGUCAUUCUUCAAGCAAAUUUAAAAAUAUAUUCUAGAUACAGUUUUAUGGGUUUUUCCUCACUUGUCAGGUCAGUAAAUAACAAUGCCAGGACCUCACUGAAGAGGUCACAACAAAGAGGGGCACCACAACAUUUACUUGGAUUAAUUAUACUUAAUUUAACCCAAGUGUACUAAUUUGGAAUUCCAAACUAUAAUGUGCAGUGUAUCAGGUUCAGGAAACUGUGAAAGUUGUGGUGUGGGUUGUGCACCAGGGAAGGGAUGUGUGAGUAGGUGUAUAAAACAGAAGGUCAGCACUGGUUUCCAUAAGCAGACAAAAACGAAAACAUGGUCUAUCUGUGUGAAGGGCAGGUAAACACUGUGGCACUAAAGUCCAGUUUGAAGCCCGGCCUAAUUUCAUUGCCAUAUACCAGGGGUACAUGAUACCAGGCUAUCAUGGUCUGAUUAGCUGCUCCUGAGCGGUCUGAUGAAUUUCUGGCAUGUUAGAUAUUUUGGUUGGCACACUGUCCCACAGUGAAAGCAGGGCUGUGAGCUGAUUCCCCAACUGCAGGGCUUUUUUUACUCAUCGUACCUGCACCAAAUGGCAGGCAGUGUCUGAAAGCAACAUCGUAACACAGCGCAUGAAGUGGACAACUCAAAUACACAUAGAUGUGCAACAGUCAGACACAUCAUGGCAACCUGUGCAGUCUAAUGUAAUCUAAUAAAACAGCUCUACCACAAAUGCCAUUUUAACAAAGCUCCAGCAUUUUCAGCUUAUGCUAGGAAAGUGAAGACUACCUUUGAAAAUCACAGCUAUAUAUCCUGACUUCAUCUCCUGUGUGUGGGAGUUUCAAAGGAAACUGCAUUGACAGUUGUGAAUGUCUGUCCAGCUUGAACAGUGUGAGCACUUUGGUCAUGCCUGACAGCCGCACUGUACAGUGUGAGCUCUGAAUAUGUGAGCUGUAGUAGCUCAUCCUAAAUGACUCAUUCACUCUGUAUGAGUUCACUUUACAGCAUGACAUUUAUAAAAUCCUACAGAGGAAGCCUAGCCUUGGUGAAGCUGCAGUACUUUGAGUAACUCGGCACACUGGGACCAGGUGCUGAGUUAGUCUGGGUCCCUCUAAUUGGUGUACAGCAAAACCUCUUAGAUGACAUCAGUAAAACACUACCCCACAGUGCAGGAGCAUCUCAGAUGUUAUUGAUGUUUUGAACCUCGGUUUAAAGAAGUGGUGACGUUGUUGCUGUCACCAAUAAGACAGUACAUUAACUUGAAACAGCGAGAAAGCAGUCAUCUUCAAAUGUUUCAGUAUCCACCUGACACCUGUACCUCACAGAGCUUGUGUCCGAAAAGACAAACAUGAGAGUUGAGCAGGUUGUUUAACAGGUAUUGUUGUGGUGCGUAAAUCAAAGAGAAGAAAAACAGUCAAGUAACUAAGAGAUAUCAGUGAAGCAAAAGGAAUCUCAAAGAAGGCUGACUGCUGAAAACCUGAAAGCCUUUUUUUUUUGGCAUGAAUGAGAUCUGCUCCAAUAAAAUCUAAACCUAGAGUGCGGUGUUGAUUUGAGUUGGAGGAGGUGUUCUUUUCAUUUUAAAACAUUUGUGAGUUGGAAUAGACAUUUCCUUCAGGUCUCAAAGUUUGCCAGCAGACUUACUGUCAGGCCGGCAGAGUUAAUCAUGUUCUGUAGCCUUCUGGUCUUUCUGGAGCUUCAGUCCCACAAGCCCAGGUGUUAAUCUGUCCCUGCCUUUAAAUCAUCUUCAGCGGUCUCUUAAGAUUGCCUCAGUUUUUGAUCUAGACCUUGCCUCUCUUUUAUUAUCUCCUCAAGCUAACUUGACUCUCUGUCCUCUUCAGCAUUAAUAUCUCUUAUUAAAAUUGUCUCUAUCACCAGUAGUGAAAAUAAUUAAAGGAAAAGGGUUUUGUGCAAUAUGCUCAUUUGCUUUCAAGUGGAGAGUAAAAAGAUUGAUACCACUCAGUUGAGCAACUGCCACCAUUUAUUUAGCUUAGCUUAAAACCAGCUUUCUUAUUAUUAGGCUGUAUUACAAACUUGACUCAGAUUUGUCAAAACCCCUGGACAGUGGAGAUUAAACUUCAAUAAAACCCAGGGACAAUGUGAUGACUCACAUCUGAUCAUACCAAAUCAGUCUUUGGAAAAGAGGCUUGUUUCAUCUCUGCCUGUUGACAAAGUGGUAAAAUAAGUUAGCUUCCAUGUUACUAGGGCUGCACAAUUUUGGCCAAAAAUAAAAUCCCGAUUUUUUUGUUUCUGAAAAUUCAAUUUUCAAUUUCAAUUUUUUAUUCAGUGACAACUUUUCCAAACUUCAAUUUAAUGAUAAGAUUUUCAGUCCUUAUUUCUGCUGAUUAAGGACAGAAACGUCAUCAUAGAAAAUGACUGCAGAUGUCUCGUUCACUUUGUCUAAUGUUCGGCUGCUGUGAAUCUUAGCAAAUAAACAGGCUAAUGUUUCAACUCACCUGCAUAACAGAACAUUCAUUUCAAUGGUUAAUCAUCCAGUUAAAAAGGUUGAUAAGAAUCUGUUGCUAUGGAAGCUUUUGCAAAGUAGAGAUGUAACAAUGAACCCAUGGUAAAGUUUAAAUAUUGUAUUUACAGUUACUUUAACAGUUCAGUCUAUAAGAUGCAUUCUGUCAUCUAAAAGGUGGUUUGUAGCCCAAACAGUGGUACAAGUAGUAGUAUUCUUGAUUUAAGAGUAAAUUUACCACUUUUUUCAUUAUUGAACAAAAACUAUGAGAAAUUCUAUACUUAAAAAGUGAUCAGAUCCUGCCUUUUCAUCAUGUUUGCUUCCUUCAGGUUUCUUUUACUCUCUUUAGCGGUAUAACUGAGAUUUUUUGUUCUGUUUAAUGAAAGCAUUUCAUGAUACCUUUGCUGGGCUUUAAAAAAGAAUCAACAAUCUUCACUGUUGUCUGGCAUUUUGUUGCAAAGACACAGUUUGACAAGAAAUAAUACACAAAUUCAUAACACUGAAAUACAUAACACUUGGAUUAAAGGAGUUGAUGGGGUAGAUUUGGGCUUCUCAAUCUCAGCUUGUUGUUGCUGUUACCAUACCUGGUCCUGAGCACAGCUAACCUGCUGCAGGCCUGAGCUUCAUGUUUAACAGAGUGAUUCAAAGAUGGUGGUCGAACUCUCUGUCAGAGAGCAAAUGAACUUAUUUCCCAAAAGAAUAACCUCUGCUGCUGCAUAGACUGAGUGUUGAACAUAGUCAGACAGCUUGUAAUCACUUUCAGUUUCGUUAUAUAAUCAGUGUUUUACAAAGACCUGUCUCCUUUAGAAUUACCGCUUCCUGCUAAACCCACCCAAAGAGGAGGAAAAAACAUGUCUCUAUUCUUCAGUUUUUAUACAAAUGCUGUGCUGUGCUGUAAUGAGAUUUGGAUGGCUCAUUGUGUGUGGAUUAAGUUAUCUGUGUUAGCUCUGUGCUGCUGUAUCCUCUUAUAUUUCUACAUUGGCAAAUCAUGAAGGACUACAGAGCCCAGCGCUGACUGUAAGGGCUUGUUUCUUCAUGUUGUUAAGCUGCAGAAUCUCUGUGAUGCUUAAAUGUUUUUUACAGAUUUUUUUGACACAAAUUACUUAGGAAAAGGCUCAAAGUGAGGCUGACUGUAAACUGAAGGCUGACAGGAGGAGUUAUGUCAAAAGGUUUUAAUGCAACUUCUUUCCUAAUGAGUGUCUUUACAGUGAUAAAGAAACUAAUCAUUCACUGAUUGAUGUUGAAAACAGUCUAUAUUUUGUGGACUUGGAUUAUCAAGCCUUGAUUGUGACUUUGGAUGUUGCCAUCUUGGUUUUUGGUGCCUGAUUUUUUACUUUAUUUUCCUAGCUUUUCCCUCAGAGGAAGAAUCUAUUUGUGAUAAAACCUUCCUAAUCAGAGUUGUUUAUUACACUCACAAAGCUCAGAGAGAUGGUAGAACAAGGCCAACAAAUAAAACAUGGACCCUGGAAGUCAUUGUUAUGCCCCUCUGUCUUCCCUGCAGGGAAAAACAAUCACUUCUUCUUAUGGUUCUGAUGCCCGGUCUGCUACAAUAAAUGAGUAUGCUCAUUAUUUCCUAACCUUUUCUGGUGAACUGUCACAGUGAGGUAACCUUCUGUUGUCUGUGAGAACAUGGCUCUGUGCUUUCACCAACUUCUUUCAACACCUUUUGUGUGUUGUUUCAUAAAGGCUGGGAACUACAUUGGUGCAGAAAAUCAUGUGAAAGGUAACUUUGUAAUGCGCACGGAGCAUUUUCAUAAGGUGACGAAAGCCCACAUCCUAUUUUUCCAACCUGUGAAUAACUUUGAGGCUGUAUGUAUUUUGAGCAGCCAAGUGUAACCCCCUUUAAGUUUCAUUGAAAGAAAGAAAAAAAGCAUGGAGAUGAAUCUCUUUUUCUACUUCUGUAAUUUUUUUAUUGAGGGUCAAUAGGAGUGGGAUUCACUAGCGGCCCCACGAUAUGGUAUUAUCACGAUACUUGGGCUGUGAUUCGAAAUUAUUGUGAUACAGUGUGUAUUGCGAUACCAUAUCUUGCAAUUUGUACCUUUUUUUUUUCAACUCCUUAGCUGGUUUUGCACUCAUCUUUCCCUCAUGUUUGUCUUAUUUAUGCAGUAUUUUAUUUUCAUGUAGCACUUCUUACAAACCUCAUCCAUUUUAUUUGUGCCCCACUUGCAUUCCUGAUGUCUUUCCCCAGGUGCUGUUAUAUUUGUUGCACUAACUUUCUCCUGCUCUAUAAUGUCACCUCUGAUAACCUCACUGGACAAACAAUUGGUUUUAUUUUUCCAUUACCAUAGAUUUGACUUCAUAGUAGCACUUGAUCUGAAAAAUCAAUACUUAGUCAAUGAAACGAUACGAUAUCGCAAUACUAUGCUGUAUCGAUUUAUUUCUCCCACUCCUAAGGGUCAGUGGGGAUUGAAUAUUUUGGGCCAGCCUGCAGUAGCUAUUUCAAGUGACUUUCAGGAUGGUUUAACUUUCCAGCUGGGGGAGUCAGUGUUUGAAGUAAAACCUCCAGUUCCUGGUUGAUGCUGUUCACAAUAAAAUGGUUCCUCUUCAAGUCAUCAUAUACCUAUCAUAGUUUUAGUGCUGGGCUAUUUUUAGAUAUUCAGACAUUAGUGUUGUGUUUUGUUUCAUUGUCCAAAUAUCUGGUCAUUUGCACAAUGAAGUUUUGCCAAAAUAGUCCCUAAAACUUUCAUGCUACUGACGUCUUUUUGGGAUUAAAUUAACCUGGAAACACAUCCACCAAAAGGCAUGAUAGUGUUACUGCAGUGUGAUUAAUAUCUUUAUAAACAAGGCCAAUAAUAGAUCAAAGGUAAAUGCGACACAAUCAUUUCCUGCAUCAUUUUCAGAGAGCAGCUCUUUUCUCAGUACAACAACCUGAAGUGAAUGUGGGAGUCUGUUGUUGCUCGCAGGCUGUCUCGCUCCAAGGCCACUGCUGUAACUCCCCACCUGAAUGCAGCUGGGUAAAUUACGCCUUCGAAAUCAAGCAGAUGUCAAAGUGCAGUCAUUCUGAGGAGCAUCAGAGGGGAUUGUAGGUUUCUGCACAGAUGGCAGACAUAUACACCGGCCUUGUUUUGAUGAUGAAGUCCGAGGGAUUGGAGAGCUCUCCCCACCCUUGGUUUUUUCAGCCAUGUCCUCCGGUUGUAAGUGGGCAGGCAGAUGCAGGACAGAUAACAUCUGCUUAUUUAAUAACCUCCCCAUAUGCUGUUUAAUGUCAGUCACUGCCCCCACGCUGUUAUUACAGCCUGUGUACCAGAUAGAAACAGCAGCCAGAGAGGAAUAUGGAAAUAUUUGUGUGUAAAACAAAUUAACAACAAAACCCUAAUAAGUCAAAUGGAACAGCCUCCUUGUUCCUUUCUUACAGUCACCGUCUUGUUUUCCUUCAGCUAGUGGAUUAUUAUUUUUUAUGGGUACCAUAACCUCCAGUUUGUAGCCAUAGAUCAAGCCCAGUCUCUCUCCUAAAUGUUAGUGUUUUCUCCUGUUUGUGAGUAUGAGUGUGUCUGCGGGCUGCCCCCCUCUCUCCUGAGUCUUCCUUCUCCUCCCUGGCUCCAUGACAAGCAGGGCUGUAAAUGAUUUUUCACUUUUUUCUUGUUCAUCUCCAGAGACCUUUGAGUAUUAAUUAAAAUGCUGCAUGCAUUAGCCCGGUUUGAGUGUUUAUGCUGCUGCUCAGAGGGGGAGGCUGGAGUUUCUCAGUGAGGGUGGAAAAGAUGCGAUGAACCUGCAGUAGCUCUCUGUCCUGAUGAGCAGGUUUCUGAACUCAUGGCUCCCUAGCUGAAUCACCGCAUGCUGUUUUCAUGUUUGUCGAACUUUUAGACGUGAGUGGAUCCAGUUGGACCUUUUGGAAGAAAAGCAGCAGUGUAUUUACAGACUGAGGCCAUCAGAAAGAUGAAACCGAGCGUGGUAGUGGCUUUAGUUAGCAGGAGGAUGACUAAGGCCAGAUUUGCUGCCUCCAAAGCAGCAGACUCCCAUCAAGCAGCCAGUCAGCCAAGAGAUACAGAGGCAGACGUCCUCCCUGCCUGGCAGCACAUGCUAAAGGGCUCACAGCCCUCCAGAGCAAGAAUGCUUUUGUCAGCUGUGGUGGAGCUGUCAGUCAGGCUGGCCAUCAGGCUGUGACUGCACAAAACACUCAACGAUUCAGUGUCUCAACUGGUGAUUUCGGAGACAUGACACUUUUGGAUCACAUUUAAAUGACAAGGAAUAUUUAAAAGUACAGAGAGUCUGACUCUCAAGAUCCUGUGAGGACUUUUUAGCUGGUUAUGAAACAGAUGGAUCCCUCUAUGUUACCUGCAAAAGCAAACAAAGACCGUAUCAUUUCCAUAUUGUUACUGCUCUUGAGGGGUGGGUGAACGACAAAGUCAGUUGCAGCAGCCUGAUUUUUACCUUCUUUUACUGUAAAGACUUCAGGUGAGUGGCACUUUGACUGUUCAAUGACAGUGGGAUGAGAUUUCUUUUAACAAAGAGGGAAGAGUCACUGCUUUGCCCACAGGAAGUGCACAAAUUGACACACAUCAAAAGUUCCUCACAGGAGCUUUGUUGUAAUUUCACAGAAACAGACGGAACAAGAGAGCUGUCAAAAAAUGUAGAAGAAUAGGCAGGACUGUGGGCAAAGCAGGGAAAUGAAAUGAAACAAACACUCCAUAAAAAAAACCAAUUCCAGCUAGUUUGAGCCCCUGGUGUCAUUUAUAUUUAUCAUAGACUGUAUACAGAAUGGACGCCGUCUGCCUCCUCGCUGGGUAAAGCCAUUGCGAGAACAGCACCCUCUGGUGACGGGCUGCAGUAUAGGUCAUUAAUCCCAGCUCCUCGAGCAAUCCCUAUGGAUUUGUGGACAAACUUUAGAAAUUAAUUACAGAAGUCCUCUGUUUGUUCUUUACAGCUCCAUUUUUAAAAGUUAUUAGGAGGUUCAUGUUUUCUAUGAUUGACACUUGAUACAGCCUAUGGGCGUACGAAGAUUGUGUACGAAGGAUAGAACUUUUCAACUUCUAGAGACAAAAAAAUCCAACCUUUUACUGUUUUCUGUAAAGCUGAAAAAAAUUAUCCUAUGAGAGUAAAUCAAGAAAAAAAGGAUCUGAAGACAUUUUAAUAUUAAAUUAUGCUUUUAGUCAGUCAUUGAGACAGACACUCAACAUUUCCCCUGACAUUUCUCAGUGGUAGAAAAACAAAAGAGUUGAAAGAAACCACUUAGAGUUUGAGAGAAACUCUUUUGACUAUUUCAGGCUUAAAAAAAAAAAAAUGAAUUAAAUUGAAUUGAUGAUAUCUGGUAAUCCAAAUUAAAGUGAUUGUAAAUUAUAGCCUUCAGCAUCAGCUCUCUCUUCUACCUGUCUCCUACCUGUCUCUAAGUGUAUUUUAUCAGGUCAGAGUGACACACAAUCUGCCAUCAGGGCUGGGAGAUUGCAUUAAUCUUCAAUAAGGUCUUAGUGGGGUGCAAGUCCACCCCUUGCAUGUUUUGACUCAAAUAAAUAAAGUUAGACUUAAUUAUGUCUCUCCACUGGUACAGCUUAUGACUCUGGGUAGUUCUGCAGAUUUAGCAUGCUGUAAUUGUUAUGUUCUACAUAUAUCAUAACCACAGUCUGCUGCUGCCUGAUGAAGGAAGCUUGCUUAUAGGCCGAUCUGUUUCCUCUUCUGCAGGCAGAAAGCUUCAGAUUAAUCCAAUUUUUAGAGAUCACAAGCUGCUGUCAAACAUGACACUGUGAGCUGCAUGCCAGCGCGCUCGCUGUGACUAAAGGUCUGAUGGUUUAACAGCGGCCAUGCCAGAUGGAGGACCUUGAAAGUCCUGUUGAGAGCAGCAGUAGCAAGAAAAGUAUUCAGACUCUCCACUCAUACAAAAGCAAAAAUAACAUUAGUUAGUUAGGAUACCAGCAGUGGCAUUUCUGUUUGGUUCUUCAAUCCAUUAUCUCAUUUUAGUAAAUACUCUAAGUAUGAUUUAGUUAAGAUUAUUCUGAAGGCCUCAUGCUGAGUGACCCCCCUCCUGAAGAGCCAAAGAGUUUUAGUCAACUGUGAAAAGAGAUCUAGUGCACGCUGCAAUAAUCGGCAUUUAUGUUAGCUCAAAGGUUGUUAAUGACAAACUAUUGACUCAUAAGGAAGGGUCUGAUUAUUUUAACUCCUGCCCUUAUCACAGGUCAGAUUAGCUCAUAAAAUAGAGAAGUCCAAGGUUGUUUGUAAAGAAAUAGUUUACAGCCCAAUUAAAGCUCCUGUGAAGAGUUUUCUCUUUGUGCUGAUUUUGGUGCCCCCUGUGGACAAAGGAACUCUUUGCUGAGCUCAUCUUGUAAAUAUGCAGAGUUUUCACUGACAAGGAAGAUUCACAUUUAUGCCUUUAAAUAGUCAAAUGUACUGCUUCCUAUGAGUUUUUCCCACUUAAAAUGUUCAGACUGUUUUUUUAAGCAUGUUGGUUGUGUUGUAGUAGUAGAGAUCGGUCUUGGUCUCGAGACCAUUUUUGGAGGGUCUUGGUGUCAUCUCAGAGGCAUUUUCUCUCGGUCUUGGAGUGAGCGGACUCAGGUUUUUGAACGAGACCGGUCGAGCUAAUAACUUCACAUCAUUGGUAGUAAUGAUUCUCCCCCAGCUGCAGCUGCUAAGUUACCUGCCCAGUGUCACACAGUCCGAGUGACUGACACACCCCCUCCAUACAGAGAGAGGAUGGAGACGACAGGAGGAGAGGCUGUGUUCAUGCUCAACAACCGGUGAACUCGUCAUAAAAGAUGUCUGCCAACUCAACAAUUAUUAAGUUUGGUUUCCUAAACCACAAGGAGUUUAUUUGUAAAACGACAUGCAAGCGAAAACACUCAGCAGUGUGUGUAGUGGAGCAGUGCAAUUUUUGCAGUGCACAACUCACAGAAACAGUUUUUUUGAUGACAUUUAAUUAAUUAAUUGCACAUACAAAGGAGUCUGAUGAGAAGAUCAGAGUUUCAGUUCAGAUUGUUGAAAUGUGUUACUUUUUCUUUUCAAAAAUACAGCUGUGAAUGUUCUGAAUCACUUAAAGGCAUUCUCAUGUUAAAUUUUUUUUUUUUACGAAACAGCUUUUUAGCGGUUAUAAUGAAUAAUAAUAAAAAUAAUUAUUGUACCAGUUGAAUAGCGUAUAGUAGAUAAAAAUACACAUGAAUGUGAAGAAGUGACUGUUAUUUAGGGAGAGAGAAGGUUAGGGGGGGCUGGGGUGGAGAGUGAGGGGGUAGUAGGGAUACGGCUCAACUUACCCCGCUCCUAUGGUCAACUUACCCCAUACAUGGAAUAAGUUGAACAAAGAAGACCAAUUUUUUUGGCAUGCUAUAUUAUCAAGACAGUUAUGUUUACACUCAUUCUGUUGGUUUGCAGGAAUGCAUGACAUCUUGAAAUAUAUGCAGGUACACUAGUUAGAGACAAAACUAUGAUUGCCUUGUUGUAGUGAUCCGAAAUAUGAAAACGGCUCAUCUUACCCCACUCUCCCCUUGUUUUACUGAAAAUGGGCAUAUUCUCUUUGACCUUUUCUUUGGUUGGCCCUCUUAACAUCUGUCUUGUAAUAUGAAGUUACCUGAUGUCCUGACACAUCAACAAAUUCCUGUCACAAUCAAUCCAGUUCAAGAUGAUCUGAUCUAUGAAAAAAAUAUCUUAAGGCUUUAUUUAGUUAAGAAGUCAAAUAUGUUUUAAAUAUCAUGUGGGUGAAAUCUUUUAGAUUUGUUAAAAGCAUUCAUCCCAGGCAGGAGGGGAGAGAGAUUCUCAGCUCUGUCUUCCAACGAUGUGCGCUGAUUAAAAAUGUAAAAGGAAUAUUAAUAAUUUCUGCUGAUCUAAUAUUUUCGUGUAUAUCUGUCUGUGUGGGCUUCUAUAUUUAAAACAGGGGCCUGAAGAGCUCACAGCACCUCUGCUGUUCCUCAGAAUAUGUGCUGAAUGAUUUGUGAUAUUACUUCAUGUCAGGGGUGGUCCAUCUUUUCUCUCUCUGUAAUCCUGAAGUGUAAAAAGCUUUUAAUUAUUUCAAUUUUGUUUCAUGAGCUGCUGUUGACGGUCAAAUAAACAAAUAAAGUGCCUGAGCACAGGGAUUUUCUGUGCAUAAAUGUGUAUUUUAUUGACAGACAGACCUAUCAGUCAUCUUAUUUAUCUUUCAAUUGAGUUAAAAACAGUCAGGGCGAUGGUGAUAAAAGCAGUAAAAAAAGAUUUCUGUUUGUGUCUUGUAAUGUUUUCCUGACUGAUGCAAAUCUGCUUCACUUAUGUGGACUGACUUAGGCACCCUCCUUUGCACAAAGUGUUACAUCUAAAAUCUUAACAGUGUUUGUACAAGUUCUUUUCUGACCAAAAUCUCAUCCUGUAAUCAGUCAAACUGGUUUCACUUGGCUGUCUUAAGAAAGGAAAGGCUGGUUCUGCAGAGUGCUGUGAAUGACUUCCCUGACACCUACUAGGAUAUGGUGGUAGCAAGCACAGCUUAUCACAACACAAAUAAGUAGGCUGCAUAUCCUAUUUAGUGGUGUGACUAAUAUGCCAGCAUGAAGAGCAGAGAAAGGUGGGCUAUCAGUUUAGCUCUGCAGUUGAUGUGCAUGCUCCUCCAAACACAAGUGUUAUAGUUCUUGUUGCUGGAUCCCGGCCAGCCAUAAAGGUUAGCGGUUCAUUGGUGAUGUCAGCGCAUUUGUUUUUGCGCUGUGUGCAUGGGCUUAAGAUCGCUUUCCAGACUUGAAUUGAUGAAGAGGGAGACAUUGAAUUUCCCCUCAGGGAUUAAUAAAGUUCUUCUUAUCUUAUCUCACAUCCUUAUCAUCUAUGCUGAGAGUGGCACAUGGUACACAACAACUGGACAGCAACAGAUAAACAAAGCAUUAUAAAUUACUGAGGAGUUUGAGAUCCCACAUCCUUUCUACCUCUGCGGGCUGUAAGAAAUGUGAGUCAGCAGCUGGGAAAAAAAGGUUAUCACUCUACAACAUGGUGGCAACUAGGGAUGGGCAAUACAUUAUCAUCAUAAUAUAAGUAUUUGCCAUCUCACGGUAAAUAUGAUGAAUGCAUGUUGAUGAUGUAAGCACGAGCAACAGACUCGCAGCCAUAGCCCACACAGAUCAGAAUAACAAACAGACAUGGCUGAAGGUAAUGAAGGAGAGGUUUCUGAGCAGCCCGUGACUGAACGCGGCUCCACAUGAAGUAUGCCUGACAUCGGACAGUGGAUCUGUUGCUGCAGUUCACUCUGUGCAAUAAGAGUUUUCAACAAUGUUGAAAAUGUUUUCACAUUUGAGACUUGUUUGAUGUCAUUAGUUUUCUCCAUAACCCACCACUCAAACUUGUGGUUGAGUAUCGUAUUUGGCUACUACAACUGGUGUUCUCAAAACAAAAUGAGUUUAAAAUAUAGAUUGGAAUUAAACAAUUUUUUUAUUGGGACUUUUAUCGUUAUCACCUGAAUGGCAUAUCUCAUUGUGCUAAAUUUUUUAGCCCCUAUCGCCCAUCCGUAGUGGUAACCAAUGUAACAUCACUGCAUUGUAAAAUAUCUUAAAUCCAGGAGCAUUGGACUCAAUGUGGCAAAGAAAAGAGCUGUCUACAAGAUCUGUAAACUGGACUUGUGUUUCAUUGGAGCAUGGAGCAAAUUUGAAAAAACAGCUUUCCUUCUUUAUCAGGUCCUAUGUUGUGUAUCUGUGCUCAGCUUCAGACAAAAAGUGGCCAACAGAGGUGGGUGAUAUGACUUUGGGCACCAUGGUUGUAAGCAAUAAGUCUGUGCAUCACAGAUAUCCUAGUUACCGCUGGCUGAGCUCAACAAUGCUGCUUGGAUUGCAUACUCCACAUGGGGAAGACAGACACAUAGUGCCAGAAAGAGCUCCAACAGCUGCACAGAAACUGCAUGACAUGGACUUUUUUGAUGUAGUGGAAAUCAUUGGACAUAUUUCUAACUUAUACAACUUAUAUUUCUAACUUAUAUGAAAUGUAUCCGUUUGGUUCUUGAUGGUUUUGUUUGCUUUAUGGGGCUGAUAUAGUCUAUAUUUGUUUUACUUUCUGUAAUAUCGUAUCAGGUCCUUUUCUGUUUCCUUUCCUUUGAGGCUGUUUAUUUUCGGCCUCACAGAGCCUGAUCUGAUCUGACCAAGUGUAGAGGAGGAGUAUAAAUGACGUCCUGUCUCCAUGCCAGACUCUCUGAGUGAGUCCACUGUGGUAGCUGGCAUCGCCAAGGAAACGGGUGCGUGAUCAAGCUGCUGAUGCCCAUUCCCGUUAAAGGGGGCAGAGGGCACCCUGCUGAGCUGCCAAAAAUAGAACCAACCGAUCAACCGAUAGACCCACCUGUUUAAUUAAAGCUGGAUAAAACUGUGUCGAUACCUGGAGGAGGAAACAGGUCAGCUUUAAAGGGUGUUCUCCAAGUUUUUAAUGCUGCAGUUUUCAGGCUCAGGUCACACAGGUUUGUCGACACAUCACUGGAGAAUGCUGUGUUAUUGUGAGUCUGUCUGAGACUUCAAACUGUUUGAGCCUUUUACACCCUGUUCCUCUCACACUCACCAAACACCUGAAACACCACAUCAGAGGACUCAAUACAUCACAUAUCAACAGCCACAACAGUACUCAACUCUUGUUUUAUACAGUACUAUGAACAAUUCCCCACGCUGAAAUAAAAAACACAGGGAGAACAAUAUUUGCUGAUAAGGAUUUACGUAUUGACUUUAGUACCCUCAGUGUUUUAGCUGUAAUGUUGAUUUAAAUGAAACCAGGCUUACAACUACAGAAUACUUAAAGGUCGUGAAAGUUCGUUAAGUGCUCAAUUUUUAGACUUUCAAAGUAGAACAAACAAAAAAAAACACUUCAAAUAAGACCAUAGACCUUAGAAUAAAAUACUCUGUUAUAAACACUGAAUAUCAUAAAUCUAUGAAAUUAAUAGAGCUGGGCAUUGUCAAGAUUUGCACAAUUGAAUUCAAUUCUUCUUCUGCUCAUCACAAUUCAAUUUGGUAUCAAUUAUUAUUGAUUGGUAUGAUUGAUUUAAUAAUGCGCAUAGAUGACAGAAAUACCAGUGUCAUUUAUGACAAUAAUGUGUAAAAAAAUAUUUCAAAUAUCUGUUGAAUGUAAAAUAUAAUAUAAUAACAAUUAAAACUCUGUGCAUAGGUUUCCAAAAGGUGUGAUUGCAGAAUGAAGUUCACUAUUGAAUUAUUCCUUCAUAAACAUUGAAUAAAACAGUAAACAGUAGUCUAAAAACAAUGAAGUACAGUGUCGAUGUUAGUGGCCCAGAUAGGCCCAAAAAGAAUCAGUCCAAAAAUAAAAAAUGAAUCUGGACACAUCCUGGUAUAGCAGCACAGAGAAAACAGCGGGACCUGAAAGUGGUACACCUGUGAAUUUAGCCUAACCAAAGCUGCAGAUAAUCACCUGUUACUUGACAUAUAAAGAAUGAGAGUUAACCUAGCUAAACUUUAACCCCCUGUUUCCGAAAGACCGUGUUUCCACAGCAUUUGAUAACAGCUUAUCAACAAAAUGAAUCACAAUUAAGUGAUAGACACUUGAUUGAAAAGACACUUUUCAAAGUGUCAUUGUCAUUCAGAUUUUGACACAUUCUGCUCUUUUCUACCAAAAAUUCCCUUUUUUAUUUUUUAUUUUUUUUUCAUUUCAGUUUUUCUGCCCUGUGCUGUAUGAUGUAACCUGGUUUUGUCAUCUUCAGAGUGUCUUAUGUGGUGGAUUAGUAAAAAUUCAACAACUCAUGAGGAAAAUCUCCAAAUUAAAUGAAAAGUGAUCAAUUUGAAAAACACUGCAUAAAGUGCAGAACACUCAAUCCUUUUGUGUAGUGAAGUGUCUAAGGGCUUUGAAAGCGCUGAAAUCUGAGAGCUGAAGUAUGUCGUCACACGUCUGAAGUUAAACACUUCACAGGUCAACCAAAUCAGCAGAACCCAAAAACCCAGAUCCGUAGUUGGACAUGGAUUUCUAAUCCAGAACAGUGGAUGAGAGGAUGGCAGACAGCAGAGCAGAAAGCUGUGGGCUUGGCUGCAGAGAGUAAACAUGCCCUGAAGAGGGAACAUAGUGCCAUCUGCCUCCUGACACAACCAGGGAAAGAUUAGAUUGCUAUUAGAAAUUGAAGGUAAUUUCAUCAUUCAUGAGAGCCACGAUUUAAAUGGCUCAUUUCAGUUGAUGACAUUGGAAGGCAGUGCAUCUGAAGUUAAUUUAUAAAAGGACAAGUCUGAAGGAAAUAAACUGAUGCUACAAACACCACCAGCAUUUGUUGUUUGGGCUUAUUUGAAAUGGCUGUUCCGAAGUAGGUCAAUAAAAUACAUUGAAAUCACCAACAAACACACAAAAGAUGAUCCAAACCGAACUCAACAAUGAAGCAUACAAAAUAUCUAACAAAAACAAUACAGUAAAACAGGAGGCAAGAGGUCAUAUGUGACUCACUCAACUUUAAAAAGUAGCUAAUUUUUUCUUUUCAAGAUUGCCAGAAAAAUAAUGUCAGUAUGCAAAGAAAACUAACUUUGAUAUUCCGAGUAACAAGCUAAAGAUGAGUUGAGGUCUGGAGAAAACAACCAAAAUGAACUCAUCGACACAGGAAAACAUUGUUAUCUUGCGCUAAUGAGACACAUAAGCCGAGAUCUUGAGAAAAACAACUGGAAAUUACUUGUUAUCAAAAGAAACCAAAGCUAGAUAAACUAAAGUAUAUGGAGGCAUGCCAACACUGGUCCAUUUUUAUGUCUUUUAGUAUUCAACUCCUCUUUAUACACUGAUGAUUGCUUUCUCUGAUCUUUACAGUAAUGUUGAUCCAACGUUAUUUUCUGUCUUUAAACUAGGCCACAAUUGGGAUUGACUUCCUGUCGAAAACCAUGUAUCUGGAAGAUCGAACGGUAAGAAUCUUCAGUUACUGCUAUGGUGUCAUGACAAAGAUGUUAACUGUUUGUAAUCUGACGGCAGAGAAACUCUCUGUCACACACUGUAGAGCUGUGCAUCUCCACAGUAAUGCAUGCACAGAAAGCAGCUACCAAUGCUGCAUGUCAUCUCUUUUAUCUCUCUACCUGUAAUAUGUAGAUGAGGACAGUCAAAUCUGCCUGCAAGUCUGUUUAUCUCAGGAAAUCAUUCAUACAGCAGCAGGCAGCAUGACCUUGAAAAUCACAUUAUAAGGAGUCCACUUAUAUAAACUAUGCCUGAAAGAGGGAAUAUGCCAUGAACUCUUUGCUUAAUAUCUCAUCUCUCAUCUCCCUCUAUCAGUCUCACCUCUGCUCAUCUCUUUCUCAUCUCCCUCUAUCGGUCUCUCCUCUGCUCAUCUCUUUCUCAUCUUCCUCUAUCAGUCUCACCUCUGCUCAUCCUUCUCUCAUCUCCCUCUAUCAGUCUUACCUCUGUCCAUCUCUCUCUUUUUCAUCUCUCCCCUCUCUAAACCCAUCUCAAUCUGGGCAGAUGACUGUCUAACAUGAGUUUGGUUCUGCUUGACGUUCCUGCCUCUUAAAGGAAGAUCUUCCACCUCAACUUGUUAAAAGUAUUUCCCUCAUGUGGUUGAGGAUGGGACUGGGUCUGAUCUUACAAGAUGGGGCUCAAUCUGAUCCCAUCAUUACAUUGGAACCUUCUAAGUGUAAUAUGGUCUGGACAGGCUUUUUUGUUAAGCCUCUUGGAAUGGCGCUUGUUGUAAAUUGGCACCAUAAACAUAAAGACUAAUUGACUGUAUGUAUUUAUCUGUGUGUUAUGUAAGCAUAUCAGUGUGUAUGUGUGUGUGUAGGGAGCCAACUGUUCCUAGGCUCUCUGAUAAUCUGAAUAAUCUCAGCCUCCUCAGCUUUCUCUCUCUGAACCCCAGGUGAGGUUGCAGCUCUGGGACACAGCAGGACAGGAGCGCUUCAGGAGCCUCAUCCCCAGCUAUAUUCGGGACUCUACAGUGGCUGUGGUCGUCUAUGACAUCACAAGUCAGUAUCCCUUACAAAAUAUUUAUUUCUUUACUUACAAUAAGCUGCUAGCUAAGCAUUGAUUAUACAAAUGAAUCCAUCAAACCUGCAAGAAUUACUGUAAAAUUCAGUAUAUGCACAGCUGCACACAUUGAACACCUUUUUUCAUCAUCUCAUAAACAGUAGGUUAUACAGGAGUUGAAAAUGCAGCUAAUUCAUUGCGUCUUACUCAGAAGAUGGUGCUGCGCAGAGUAUGCUGGUACACAGCAAGGCAGACCAGUCCAGACUGUCAGUUUUUAACAUCAUUUCUCCCUCCUCAGGUCACAGUCAUGUAGUGUAAGGAAGUGGUGGUAAACUAUGAAGUUAGUAAACCAUGUCAAGUGCUGGUUAGAUUGAAAAGACCCCUUAAUUAAAAAAAAUUGUUACCUGUGGAGGGGGCAGUUGGUUGCAGGCACUAGAUCUAUCCUGUCCUCACGAUGAUCAACACUACUGUGGGUGUUGUGUGACUAUUGCACUGGCCAGCAGGUUGGUGGAGGUGGCUGGUGUUAUUUACAGCCCCUGUCCAUCACUUUUUUGACAGUCGUUCUUGCGCACUAGGUCAAAAUCAUAUACUCUAAGAUGGUAUGAAUGUGCCUGUUUGACUGAGAAGAGACCUCAAUCUUAGGCGUAGGUGAGUGGUGUGAGUCACGGCAGAAUGGGUGGGUCUUUACUUUACAGAUAUGAAAUUUAACAUUAACUCUCACAGUAGCAAGCAGACUUCAAAAAGCAACAUGAGCGGGAACAUACAGUAGUUAAACCUUGUUUCUACAAGGCCAGUAUCCUAUAUUAAAUAGCAGCGAAGUGUACAGUAUAUUCUGUAUUUUACAGUGUGAUCGAAGAUCUAGCAAAGUUAUACUUAAAAUAAGGACAGGAAUAGAAAUGAUUGCAGAUUUUUACUGUGCGAUACACAUCAUACACUUUUAAUUGAAUUAAAUUUCUAACGUAAGAGAGAAGUUGGAGUGAAACUGCGAUAAGUUAAAUGACUUCCUUUAAACCGAACAGCAUUAAACGGAACAGUUUUUUUAGAUGAUGAUUGUCUCUCAUGUACUGCAGGCUGACCUGCCAUCCUGAAUUCAGUCCCUAAACAAAGUGGUGCCACAAACUAGUUAUUCUGGCCUAUUUUUGACCUAUUAACUGCAUGUAUCUUACAUUUUCUUCCUGUUUGUUUGGCUCACACUGCAAAACAGAAAACCAGUAGUUGGUGUCUGUCCAAGAAACCCUGCUACUGAUCCAAGCUAACAGGUCAUCAAACUGAAACCAAAAAAAGCUGUAAGCAGCACCAAAGCUACAGUAAUGCAGACAAUAUUUUUGGAGAAAGAUGACAUUUAGAAAAGGCCAUGUUGAGUUUGAUUUUCUGGUUGAAGACUUGUGUUUUCUCUGUUUGGUCUAAUUUGCAUUUUUCCAUUAAAGUCAUGACACUGUUAAUCUGUCAACAGUUUCUGUUUCAUCCACUGCAACAUUUUUGAACUUCAAUCAGUUGUGGCAUUAGAUUUACAAAACCUUACACUGUUGUUGUCAUCCUGAAAGAGACAGAGGAUCUGUGUAUCCAAAGUCCCAGUCCAAGAAAACAAUACACUGCUCAGUCUGCAAGAUACAACCGAGGACAUCACAAGGCCAGGGGGAUUUAUGAGGAGCUUUAACAUGUUGCAGACCUGGUGAUGCAGAGAUUUAAUGGAUUUAUCAUGUAAUUCCAGUAUUCUAUACAAUGCAGUGACAUCAGUCAGCUUAUGUCUUAAAAUAUGUCUUGAAAAAUAUGUCUAUGGAGGUCUUUAGUUGUCCACUCAGUCCAAGCACCCAAGAGUCAAAUUGGGGUACAUACAGCUUUGGGUCUGUAUUAUUUAAUAAGUUAAUAAAAUCUAUUUUAGGAUCUGAAGGACUCAGGAUCGUAGCAGCUGCACAGACAGCCAACUCUAACUUUGUUUCUCCUCUCUUUUAACAGAUGUUAAUUCAUUCCAGCAAACAUCAAAAUGGAUCGAGGAUGUGAGAACAGAGAGAGGAAGUGAUGUCAUCAUUAUGCUUGUGGGCAACAAAACAGACCUGGCAGAUAAAAGGUAUGUAGUCACUGCUGAGCCUGCAUCUUUACUUCAGUACAUGGAGCUUAUCUGCCCACAGACAGUCAGCUCUUCUUUUAGUUUCAGUGCCACUGGUCAGCUUGGUCUAACAUCCACUUAAAACACCAAAUGUGGAGAAAUAAAAGUCUCAUGAAAACAUCAUGCUGACUCCACAGACUCUUCUGUAGAGUAGAUGAUUUGAUCAGCUGUGCGAACAUGUUCCUGAACUAAUUGGUGUAUUAAUGAGACAGAACUGAUUAGCCUGAGCCCAUUAUAACGUCUUAAUACUUUGCCCUCUAAAUUCAAUAUUAAUGCUGCUUCCAUAUUGUGUGACAACUAAGGGAAAUUAAUGUUUCUAAUAUUAUAUCAUUAAAUGUACGCAAUACAUUAGGUGGCCAUGUUUAGGGUUGUGUAGUGGAACAUUUGCUAACUCAGCUGCUCUUACUCCUUUGAAAUGAAAAAAGUACUGCUCACUUAUGGAAAUUAUUCAGUUUGCACAAGAAGAUUGUUUUUCAUUUACAAACUGCAUAUGUUUAGAAGUGGAAAAAACUCUAAAAAUGACGAUGGUGCAGAAUACUUGAUAUAGCUGCCACUGAACCAAACUACUUCAAGAAAGAAUGGUUAAAGAAAAAGGUUUAAAAUGAAAUGCCAAAAAGCAAAACUACACAGAGCUGAGAGAAUAAGAGAAACUAAGGGAGGGACUGAUCAAUAGUGUGGCUGCUGUGCUCAUGGUUAAACAUAUAAAUGGUAGUAAUGAGUAAAAUUUGAAACAAACAUAGAACAGCAAUAACUCCCUGAUUAUGUUAUAUAGAUUUUGUUUGAAAAGUUUGUAAAGUUAAGCUGAAGCACUCUUCUUUAUCUGUCUGUCCCUGAGGUGCUGGAUGAAAAUAGACUUCAGUUUUAAAGUCUCUCGAGACGCAUAAUCUUUCACAAAAUAGACCAAAGUUUAGAGAAGUUAACUCAGCCAAAUUUUAACCUGAAUUGACUUUGUUCAUCAUGCUGCUUGAUUAUCAAUCAAUAUGGUAAACACUAGUUUGCAUGUAAAAUCAAUCAAUCAAUCAAUCAAAUUUUAUUUAUAUAGCGCCAAUUCACAACAGUCUUCAUCUCAAGACGCUUUUCAAAGAACAAGAGCGGGUUUAGACCACGCUCAUUGUUUGAUGAUCAAGAACCAACCGCAGAUGGGUUUUGGCCCAUCUCAUCUAAAAUGAGUAACAGUGGCAAGAAAAAACUUCCUUUUAACAGGCAGAAACCUUGAGCAGGACCAGACUCAUGUUAGACAGCCACCAAGCCGCUGCUGGGUUGGGGGGGAAUGUAGAGAGAUAGGGGGAGAGAGGGGAGAGGGCAGGGGGAGAAAGAGAGAACAAGAUAAGGGGAAGGAGAGAGCGUAGAGAACGAGGGUGAGAGAGAGACAGGGGACAGCAUCCUAGGUAAUCCUAGGUUUUAGGUAACCUCCUAAAAGUGGGUGUAUUUAUGAGGAAACAUGACAGUGCAUAGGUGCAGUAUUAAUAAGCCACUAUCAUGGCUGUUAACUGUUAACUGGGGUUGUAUUCAUAAACAGAACAGAAACUUUCAUGUUGGUGAGGCAGUAUACAGUAGUUGACUUUAUUAGUACGACAGAGACUGAUAGACACGGCGUCUAUUCAUCUGCUGUUUUUGUUUUUUUAAUUUUGUUCAGUCUUAAGUUCUGACAGUCCUCUGAGACAUCCUUUGAGUUGCUUUGGACAGCUGUUGUGGUUUCUGGUCUGUUUCUUUGUGGGGGAACGUCUUCAGACAAUGCUUUCCCUAAAACAGCCGUGUGACUGUGGUAACUUUGGCUGAUUGGAGUGUGAUUUAAAAACAAACAGGCUGAUGUUGCAGAUAAUGAUGGUGAUUUCUUGAGACUUAGGUGUCCUACUUCUUGAUGUCCCUCUACACCUGUCACAUCAGAACCUAUACUUAAGGCCAAGUUUAUGGGAGUGUUUGAAGCCUUUAGACAGAUAAUACAAAAGUGGAGAGUUAUUUCACUUAACAAAGAAAUCAACCUAAGUUUAAUUAGGCAUGUACUUGCUGCAUUAUUAGCAUCAUUUGCCCAUGCAGUAUUUCUGUAAUAUUUACAGAAGGGACACGUCGAGGAUGCAUUUCUAGCUGCAGCAAAAAAUUCCCAUCAAUAAACUGGUGUUUCUGACUCAAUCUAUGACUGACAAGGGAAAGCAUGAAAAACUGCUGUUGAUGGCAGUUUCUGGAUCAAAUUUCCCUGGAUCUGUCAAUAAAUUUCCACAGAUGUCACAACAACAGGCCCAAGGCUUUGGUUUUAGAGAUGGAGUUAGAUUUAUCAAAUAUAGAGAGAUUAUAGUCUUUCUUGAUGAGUUAGCAAUGAAGAAACCAAACUAACACCCACACAAACACACACAUGCACCCACACACACAUUCAAAGUGAAGUUACCCCGCAAACCAUUUAAGUAAGAUCUUCUGAACCCUCUUCUUUAAUUUAUGUGCAAUUUACACUAAGUGUCAUUAAGUUGGGUCUUAAUAAGGCCUGGAAUUUAAGACUUAAGUUAAUGUCCCAUGGUGAAGAAAUAAGGCCAUUAACUGCUCUAAGACCACCUCAGCAUCUUCUCCUAAAUGCCUCUUCCUUGAGCUAAAUCUCUCUUACUGCAUCUGUACAAUCUGAGGUGAUUCUUCCUUUUACAGUGCAGCAAAAACAGCCCUGACCCUCAUUUUUCUGUACUUUUGAAACUACAAAACCCUGCAGUAUGUCUCUGUUUCACUUCCUUGCACUGCGUAAACCAGUUAUUGAAAUGAUUUUUCUCGUUCUGCGUUUUUCCCUCAUAUUGCAAGAAAAUUGAGGGUAACUAACUGUGACACUCCUCGUGAAAAUACUGUUGCACACGCCAGAGAAUGUUUCAUUCACACAGAAGAUGAUAAAUGUUGCUGUCACUGUGGCACUGUGAUGCUGCACCAGAGAGGCUCUAAAUAGCAGCAGUGGUAUUCAGCUUUUUUUCUGCAUGUGACUGUACAAAAAUGCAUUCAAUGAAAAACAAAAUUAUAGCAAAUAAGUUUCGUAUUUCUGUGCGGUGAAGGAUUUGGCACCUGAUCUGAUCUGACAGAACUGUGGCUGACAUUGAAAAAUGAAAUGAGAAUCAUCUGACAUCUCAAUAUCAGGGAGAGAUAGAAGUGUGGCAGAGAUGUAGCGUGUUUUCAUCAUGAGGGAUGUUCGAUUUUAAUUGGAAUGUUAAUUUCAGCAUGUGUGAAAGAGGCCUCAAACAAAAAAUAAGCUGACUGAUGAAAUGAACAGCCUUUAAAGUCUCUAUUACUAUGACUGAAGGCACAGUCAAAUGAGAUCAAAUUCUGAGCCAAAAUCAAAAGCCAAUAUCUGAACCCAAUAAAACUUAACUUGAAUGAUACUUGACAAAAAAAAUUGUCAUUGUAUCUAAACACAUUCAUUUAUUAAACAUUACGUUUAACAACUGGCCUGAAUGUUAAAAAGCAUUUAACUAAGGCUACAGCAGUGUUUAUUAAGUGUUGUUAGCAGUGAGCAUAUUGUCUUAUACAGGUGUGGUUUAUCAUGUAUCAUAUCUUACAGCAAAAGAAAAUCAAGUGUCUUUGAAUUCUGGGCUUAAAAACUCAUUAUAACUCCCACAACUUUAACCGGUUAUAAAGCUUUACCCGGUCAUAAGAUGAUCACUGUUGUUUGAGGUUUAGCUUGCUCUUGUGUCUGCUUUGGACAGAGAAUGUAUAAAGAAAUUAUUAAGAAAUUUUAAGUAUUUGUUGUCUGUCACUUGACUGACAGCCACGAAAUUCUGCUUGUAAGUUCUUAUACGCGUGUUAUAGGAUCAUAUAAUUGAUAAUCUCAUAAACUCACUUGUGUUGUUGUGAGUAUCAAUGAGACAUUUUCUGAGAAUCAUAGAGAUUGUCCGUUUUUAUGAUAGAUAGAAUGAGUUCUUUCAAAUUGUGAAGCAAACGAGUGUUGUCGUUAGAAAAGGGCACUUUAAGAAAGUCACUUGAUCAAUUAAUCCUAUAAAUUAACGAUCAAUCAUCGAUUUAAUCAAAAAUACGGAGAGGUCUUGUGACACUACGCUUCCACCUUACUAGCAAGGAGGUGACGCUGCAUCACUCCCCUUGUAAAAUGUCAAAAUCCUUCUGCACAGUGAUAGUCACUGCAUUGCUUCAACACACACACACACUGACUGGUCAAACAGGGUAUCCCUCCCAAUUAGCAGAGGUUGAUCUUUUCUGGAAAGCAGCUGGAGGACAGACACAGCGUUUUUUUAGUAACGUUGGAUCAAUCAAAAUUUUGCAUGAUCAAUGGAAUUCUUAAAAAUCAAUUAAUCGAUCAUUGAUUAAUCAUGCCUAUUCCUAGUUGCGGUAGUCCCAGGAUUACUCUGCAGGCCGCUCUGGCAGGCUAGAGGGACAAGACAUGUUCACUUUGUGACAUCACCAGUUGAUGAAUCUCCGAAAAAAAAUAUGGGGUUACUUACUGAAUACAAACAUCCUGCUUGAUUAUUUGUUGUUGGGAACUUACUUGUGGUUCCUUUUCUAAACUUUCUGUGCCAGGUUUAGGUUCCAGAUCACAUGGCCAUAUUUUAUAGAUUAUCAUUUCAAACAGAGGUUAAUCAACUCAGUUAUAACAACUUAGUAGCAUGGCAACAGUGCAGCAGACUUCAGGGGAGCUGGCCAAGAAAUGGUAGCUUACACUAAGUGUUGCAGCUAGAAGCUGAAGUAAGGGUUUUGAAAGACCCCAUCCUGAGAUAAACUAGAGUUUUUUGAGCUGUAACUCAUAUACAGCUGCAACACAGGUAUCAGAAGGACAAUGUUAGGCCUGGAAAUGGGACCGAUACCCCCUCUUGAAGGAGUGGUUUACACCAGAAGAAGUUAUCCAAGGAAGCAAAGCCAAAUUCUGUAGACUUUUUCAUAAGUUCAUAUAAGCUUUGAAUAUGAGAUAUAAUGCUUUUAUUUCUACUGCCAAAGAUCCUAGAUCGCAUGUUAAAGUGAAAGCCGAAGUCAAAAUCCAGGACAAACCUGCUCUGAAACUCUAAAAGCCCGAUAGCGUGCAAGAAUGUUUCAAGGAUGGCACAUUUUGCACAUCUAUUAUGCAAUUUCCUUGCUAACUGCCAGUCUGAUGACAAAUAAGCCUUGGUUAUGUUUAAGUUGGAACUCAGACGCCUGCAUCCAGAAAUAGCCACAGCAGCACUGGUGCUUCUCUGAUCGGGUGGUGUUAUUAUGUAAAUACAUCUCUGGUGUGGUGUUUUCUGUUCUCACUGCAGAAAGGCUGAUUCUCUCUUUCAUCUGAGCUGUGAUAGAGAGAGGUGUCAUUAAGGGAGAGAGGAGGACUGGAUGGAUGUAAUGUUGGUGAAUGAGAGUUGAGACAGGUUGUUACAGCACAAAGCAGUUCGAAAGUGAAGAAGCGGUAUUUGGAGUUAGCCCACAGCUGAUUUCUUUCCUUUGUGUGGAGAAGAACAAAGAAGUCUGAGUGGCUACGUCAUGGUUUUCCCCGCAGACCUGCAGUAGGUUGAUUUAAAGAAAUUAAGCAGAGAGCUGUGGACUCAGCCUCACUGCACCGAUCUCUCUGUAUGUGUUAACGAACACCUGACACAGUCUCAGUUUCACAGCCAGAGCCUCACAGUCACUGACAGAGUCAUUAACUGCUCUGCACAUGGGCUGUUAUUAAUUUCCUGCAGAACAAUGUAAUUAAUCAUUCUCAGUCGUUAGCUAAUUAAGUCUGGUGUAUUUUCACCAGCCAAGAUUAACAGGAGCUGGAAUAACAGGAGCCUGAGUAACAGGCAUGAACUGUGUCUUUGCUUGGGGUUAAUUCAAGUAAUACACUCCUGUUUUGAAUCAACAUUUUGGCAGUGACGUUUAACAUAAACACUACAGUAUCUCUAAUGCAGGAGUCAGCUGGGUUUGAAUAACUACUGUCCUCUUGUUUCCACAGGCAAAUCACAAUUGAAGAGGGUGAGCAGAGGGCUAAAGAGCUGAGUGUCAUGUUCAUCGAGACCAGCGCUAAGACAGGGUACAACGUCAAACAGGUGAGUUCAGAAGAAUAUUGGUUCAAAGACUUUAAUGAGGGACUCCAGACUUUUCUGUUUUCUCAUAGAUAUAUGGUAAAGUAAAAUAUCCCAGAAAUGUAAAUUUACCACAAAGGGAAAAUGCAGGACAAAAGCAGCUUGAUAGUGGAGGAUUGUAGUUAUGCUGCGAAGAAAUGACAUGAUGUGGUACAGACUGCUGCUAAUAUACAUUGUAAAUAUUUCAGUAAAAUCUGCAUAUUGUGCUGAAAGUCAGUUAAUCUCAGUAAAAUAACAUCUAAUACUAACAAUGCGGGAUAAUGCUGAGCUCUUCUUUCCUUAUAAAAUAGGAUAUUUUUCUAAACAUUCAUGAUUAUAAUUGGUUUACUUUUGCAUGACAAGGUCUGCAGACCAGAGCUGUUACAGUAUCAGAUGUUCAUAUAAGAGCAUGAGGGAUAAACUUUCAGUCAAAUCAAGGAAAGACGGGCACCACUGACCUAAUGCACCCUAUAUAUGGAGUUAUACCCCAAUCAGACAGCCUGGGUUUGACCCCAGCCUGCGGCUCCUUUCCUGCGUGUCACUUAACCAUGCUCUUUCUCUAUUCCCGGCUCUGUCCACCAUCCUAUCCUCCCUGCCACAAAGGCACUUGAAGCCCCAGACUUUAAAUGUUACUCAUUGAACUUGACUCAUAAACCCAGUCAGGUCAUGUUGCUUUUCCCAGAAAUGUCUUAAAUAUCUACAUUUCCAAAAUAACGUGAAUCAUUGACCCAAUAUAUGUUAUACGCCAAAGAUUUUUACUGCAUAUCUUUCCAUAAUUCUAUGUUACAUGCUAUACUAUCCAGCUCCAGCAUGACCUAUAGAAUGAUUUAGAAGCAUGAACUGAACUGGCCAAAAAAUCCAACUUCUGCUUUCACUUAUUCUUGAUUGAGACUUAUCUGUACCAUCCUUCUAAAAAAUAUCACUGAACUAAUCCAGUCCAUGCUCCCACCUCCUGUCUUGCUCAGCCUUUUGCCCAACUUUUAAGCAUUUUUUCUAAUAGGUGUAGUCAAACCUCAGGCCUCAGGUUGUACUUUGGUGCAUUUUGAGAUACAAGAACAUUUAUCAAAACACAGACCCAUAUCACACUACCAGAGGUCAUAAACAGCAGAGGGCAUCUUUAAAAGAGUUUCGUUUCCCUGAGAGUGCUGCUCAUGCUAAUACAUGCCAACAAAAGAGAAGCAUUGAAUGAUUGUGCUGUGUCACACCAUGCUCUUGCUAUAAGCAACAUGUAUUAAGUAGAAAGCAGAAAGUUUGUUGCUUGCAGAUACCAAAAGAAGCACUGCCUGUUUCUACAAUAGUGAUUUGUCUCAGAGCAGAUGUUUGUUUGGUAAAACAAUGACUGUCUGUUUAGUUAAUAAGCAGAGAGAUGAAGGCGAGCUGUAUUGUGAUUGUCAGUGAAUGGUGUUGCUGGCAGACGUCUCUCUCAGCUUGUUUCAGCUCAGACAGAGGAGGCUUUUAUUCACCUGACUUUAGGACUUUAGGACUUCAGGACUUAAGGAUCGUGGAUUUACAGCAGAACACCAGGCUGCACCAAACAAAGGUCUCAGAGCUGCAUCCAAAGGCUGCAGUGUUCACUCUGUUUGGCUGUGUCAUCAUUGAUCACUGCGAGCAUGUGUCAGCAAGUUUAAGCUCUAAAGCUUUACAUUUAGGGAUAUUCAAGAAAAAGACUAGUUUUAUGGUCACUUUAAAAGACACGCCAAGACCAUAAUGUUAAUGUACCCAAAAUAAACAAGAAUUACAGCAUUUUCUGAGCCACUUUUACUUUAAUUCGGAUGAAUCAGUACAUGUUUUAUUGAACUGAACAUUAAGGUAAUACACAGUAUUACCUAUUAAAAAUAGGAAGUGGUGUAACCAUCAUUGCACACCACCUUUUAACUGGAGGGAGGACAAAGAAGAAAAAGGAGAAGCAGCUAGUGAGCUGUGGUCAGACACUUGAAAAACUGAUGUUCCUUCAUACACUAUAAAUCCAGUAUCAACCUGAGAGCCCAUGUCUUUUUGGGGGUGCCAAUUACUUUAACAUUCAUUCAAGUCUGUAAUCUUUCAGAAGCACCCAUAGACUGAAUAAAAAAUGGAUGCCAUCUGCCUCUUCGCCUGGUGAAGCCCCCGCGAGAACAGCACCCUCUGGUGACGGGCUGCAGUAUAGGUCAUAAAUCCCGUGUCCUCCAACAAUCCCCAUAGAGUUGUGGAAAAAUAUAAGAAAUUUAUUACAUGGAAUAUAAAUUUUUCUCCUCCCAGGUUGCGAUGUUGACAUGUAGUUACUGUAAGACUGGUUUGUGCUCAAGUCCUCUUUUUUCUGUGCAGCUCCACUUUUAAAACUUAUUAGGGGGUUCAUGUUUUCUAUGAUUGACACUUGAUACAGCCUAUGGGUGUACGAAAAUUGCGUAGCUCACUCGGAGAUACGCUGUUUAAGCCGAGCGUCAUCACAGUGACUCUCCCACUGAAUGCGAACAACGCUACUGCACAAGUGGAGGUUCCAGGAAGUGGAGAAAAUCCUGGAAAUAUGGAGAGCUAUUCAGCUUCAGUUUGUAUAAUGAGAGACGGCAGAGCGAAGUUGUCCAUAGUGUUUACGGUCUAUGGAAGCACCAUAUACUUCCCUUCUGAAGAAAAGCAUAAAUCAACCCAUUUGCACCACUAUGAAUUUGCGAUUUGUUACCAAAUUAGGAGAUGGACUUCAAAUGUCAUUUUGUUGGAUAAAAUGCUGACCAUACAACGUUUCCAGAACUAGAUCUGUUGUUUCCUAUACAAGAUAAACGAUGUCAUUCAAUAUGUCACUCUUGACAGGAGGCAAAUGAGAAAUCUUUGAGCUAUUGCUCUGUGGUAAAAGGGAAGUUUGUCAGCAACAAAAAGACUCUGUUCCUGGACGGUUUAUCUCAAGCCUAUUAAGUGAGGCAUUAUUUAUGUAAACAUAGGAAUGAGCUUCAAUAUGUAGGCCGUAUAGAAGUCCUUUAAUGUGUCAAAAACAGACAGCGGUAUAACUAAUAAGCUAUUCUUAUUAAGUGCAAGUGAUGCAAAAAGAGAUGCAGAACAACUUUCCUUGCAGUUUAUUCAUGCAUUUAAAAAAACAUUAUCCUGAAGCACCAAGACUUUCAGAAUAGUAUGAACAAAAGAGCAUCAAGGCCAAUAAAAACCUGUCUGCAGCAGCUUCUUCAGUCAUUCAUUAGAGCUUAAGAAUACAGCAGUAAUCAUCCAAAUGCUCCUGAAGAAAAUCUUUGCAUUUAUUACUCUCAGUAAUCAGCCUUUCAGUGUGUUAGGAAAUGCAGGCUUAUGUGGGCUAAUGAUGAACUUGGAGCCUCACAAUGUUGUGCCUGACUGCUGGUUCUUCUCCAUGUUUCACUGAACUACUUCCUUACCUGCAAAACUUUAUCUUCAUUCACAAAGUUACUCAUAUAAGCUUCAUCUCAGGCAUCAAAUAGAAGUCUUGUCAGUGUUGAGCCUCACCGCCUUGUGUUAUCUACAGAAAUGUUUUUUUCACCGUCCUUUACUCUUGAAUUUUUUGUUUUUUAAUCGAAUUGAGUUGAAAUUCUUAAUCAUAAUAUAGGAGUGACUUAGUGUUCUUUACAACCAAAAAAAAAAACAUGUGAGUUUAGUGUGUCGUGUCGGUAAAAAUCCAAUAUUGUAAAUCCGUACUGUUUUUAACCUCAUAUACAGUGAUGAAAGUGAAAUGAAGAGGCCAUCUGUUUGCAAAAAAAAAGGCUCACAGUUUGAAGAUGUUUCAUUUGUCUUACUGAAGUGUCCUGGUUUCUCUCUUUCAGCUGUUUCGGCGUGUGGCAGCUGCUCUUCCGGGGAUGGAAAGUAUGCAAGACACAAGCAAAGAAGGGAGUAUCCUUUGACCCAUUUCCAUGAAAUGAUGAAAAUAGCCCAGUUUUAAAAUAACAAGUGAACAGACUGAGCUUACAGGUAAAUCUUUUUUUUUUUUCAUUUUAAUUCCAAAAGUGUUGGCAUCACUUCUUGCUAGCCUCGGAGUUAAAGAAGCUCCAGCAGUGAUGUCUGCAGACUGGCACCUAUUUAACCAGGUGUCAGCUGCUUGUCCAAAUAAGUGUGUAUUUAAUACAACACAGUGGCUAAAUGCUUUCAGUCCUGGUGUCUAUUAAUGUAGGAGAGCUGGCUGAAGGGUCAGACAGUAGGAGUCUGCAGUUUUGUCCGUUGUGGGUGAGCAGAUUUGCUCAUUUGGACAAUGACAGGAGUCUCAUUCUGCUGCUGCACACAGCUCUGCUAACAGGCACCUUGUAUCUACUGCUGUCAAAUGAGCAUGUCACACCUCCACCUGUGAAAGAUGUGUCAGGUGCUGCAGCUUUUACUUCUUCACUCCCCUAAAACACUGAGACCUCAGGGAGUAGUGUUAAAUACUAUAUUAAAUAUGAGAUGUGAUACGGUGAUUGAGGGCUUCUUAGACAGUUUUUCUCUUUUAUGAGCUAAAAACAAACACGCGGUCGUGAAUUUAUUUGUUUUGACUACAUUUAAGAGUGAUUCUAAAACAGGCAGACAAGUGUUGUGUCUUAUAUUAGAGGAGAUAAAUACAGCAGUAGCUGAGACAGACUGAAGCUGUAAUUUUCAUCAGUGUCUCAGAGAACCCUCAGGCUGUCUGUGCUCCCCUCAUGCCUCUGCAAUAAUUUCCACAUCUGUAAGCACAUCCGACACAGGAAACAAUAAUGCAGCCCACACUUCACUCAGACUCUUUGAGAUGAUUGUUGUGUCCUUCAGUUAAAGAGGAGGCAUUUAUGCUGAAUGCAGAAAUACACUCAACUAUGAAUGGUCCCAUUUUCAUAGAAAGCUGUUUUGAUUGGGACCCUUACAUCUCUGUAUUUACUGCAUUUAAUCUAUAUAAAAUAGUUGAUUUGAGACGACUGUGAAAGAAUCUGCCCCUUUCACACUUCUCAAUAACUCAUUUUUCCUCAAAAGGAAACAUAGUUUACACCAAUCACAGCAAAUAGAAUAAAAACUGAAUGAAAAAUGUACCACAUUAUUUUAGACAGGAGUUAAUAAUAAGCAUACAACAAGUGAUAUUUGCCGAUAUGGCUCUGUUCUCAGAGCUCCCUGCCCCUCUAUCUGCAUACAUGGAAUAUGAAACCCUGGGUGGGGGGGCACCUCUCCUAUGUUUGCAUACAUGAAUUAGGCAGGCAGAGCAGCAGCAAAGACUGCCAGAAUACAGAACAAAGAAUGUAUCAGUGACAAAAAAAGUGAUGAUGGUAAAAUCAAAUACAGCAGAGAAAGUUAUCACUGGGCUGGAGUGGGGUAAAAAAAAGUAACAUGAGCAGGCGGGCUAAAGCAGUUUAAAUGGUCCACCAAUGUACAGAAGAUAAUUAGUUAGGCUGUCAGACACUUUGGUCUGGCAUUAGGAUGAGCUCAUGUACUGUUGGCUGAGCUUCACUUUAUGGCCUGCCUGGACUAACACUAUCUUUUGUGGCACCAGUCAUACAAAGUCCAGAGCCCUAGGAAAGACAUGAAGGAAAAUCUUCCAAGAGAUCCUUGGACAUAUUUGCAGGAUCUCACAAAUAUUUUUCAUUCUUGGCCUAGCACCUCUGUCCUGUAUUUCAGUAAUGUAACAAAGUUAGGACCACUCAUCUUUACAGUCUUCUGCUUACCUGCCCCUUUAAGUAGUUUAGUUCUGAGGGUGGCUCCUGUAGCUUGUUGUCUACCUGGCUAAGGUUGCAAAGAGAUAUCACUUUUGUAAAGCAGUAUCUUUUAAUGAUUAAUUGUCCUUAGAAGGUAAAAUCUGUGAAUAUACUCUUGGUAGUGACAUAAAUUAAGAAUUCACCUGCAUCAUUUUUCUGGGAGUUUUUUCCCCUCCAUGUCCCUUCAAAGCUUUGGAAGAAAGAGACAUUAGAGAAGGAGAAAAAAUUGGAGAACCAAAUUACCAUGUUCUGACUGACUCAGCUGAAUGCAGUCAUGCUAUUGAUCAUAAAUGAUCAUAAAAUCAAUACUGAGCCUUUUAGAUUAUAUCCAUUUCUUAAGAUGUGUUGCUAAAAUGAGAGCUAAUCAAGACUGAGAUAAAACCCAGUAAUGAUGGCCUACUGACUUCAGCUUCAUGCAAUAUUUCAGCACUUUUCUCAGACUAGUGCCAAAGCUACUUCCUCCAAAGUGCUACCUGCAACUAGGAAAAAUCUCUAUUAAAAGUACAGUGCAUUUUAGAUUUUAGACUGCUACAAGCAUUAAAAGCAUCAUGAUAAAGUGUAAAAAAACAUUAAAGGGGCAUUUGAAAACUAAUAUAUGCUGAGAAUAAAAAUAAAAAUAUAGAAACAAAAGUAAAAGUACAACAGAACAUUUCUAUUUUACAAGAGUAAAAGUUACAGUGCAUUGAUAUGACUUUUUUUUAAUCAAAGUAUGUUUCAUGAGAUUAUUUCUGUCGAAUCAGCUAAAAGUGAGAGUUUCAGUCUUGACAUAAAGAGCUGAGAGUUUCAGUGGACCUGCAGCUCUCUGUGAGUUUGUACCAGAUUUAUGGAGCAUAAAAACUGACUGCUCUUUCUCCAUGUUUGGUUCUGACUCUGGGGACAGAAAGCAGACCACCUGUCUCCUGUCUGGAUGGUUCCUAGUGUUUCAGAAGAUCACAAAUGGAUUUUGGCUUUAAACCGUUCCCCCCUCUCCAAACCCACUGCAGCGUUUUAAAAUGGACUCUCUGAAAUGUAAGUCUGUUGAAGUCCGUCUAAUUUAAGAUCAGCAGCUUUUAAUAUUGUCGCUGAGUCUGCUCUGACAGCAGCAGUCCUUCAUUUCCUCGUCCACACAAAAAGCUGUGCACCAUCUCUAUGGUAACCACCAUGAGUGAAUUAUGAAACUGCCUUUGGUUUUAGCUGUGUUCAUAUCGCUCUGCUGUAAGUCCUUCAGUGUAAAGCUGUCUCUCAGGCUCUCCACAUUAACACUGCAGCUUUUAUCUCCUCAAACGUAAACAUAACUCAGCUGCUGACCUUGGUGUAGUGAAGGAAUACUUUCAUUUAUCUCCCUCUGAUUAUAACACACUCAUCAUUUACCUCCAGUCGUCCAGCGUCUGCAAACUGCUUGGCCUCAGUAAUAAACUCGGUGACCUGACAGCCCUCUGAACUGUUCAAAUCUUUCUCGGCUUUUUAUUUCAGUCAUAAUUCAUGUCUAUAAAGCAUCACUCACAUUUAGCCAAUUACUUUUAUCUCCUCUCCUGUUUUUUUAUUUCUCUUCUAAUGAGGAUAAUGGAUGAGGGAGGGAGCUGUGUGAGGUGGAGGUGUGGUGAUGGAUGGCAGACGAUGACAGUCUGUCAGCUGCUCUGUGCCUCUGCUGACAUUGUCACUUAAUGGAGCGGCUCCUCUCUUGUUAUUGCUUUGUGAACAGUAUUGAUUGAACUGAGGGCAGGAGCAGAAAUAGGCAAAGUCUAGGAUAUUAACAUGUAGGUUACAUGGCCCAAAAGUGCCUUUAUUGUCACUUGUCCUAAUUUGUACCUGUUGAUAAUAUUUUACAAACAUGGAGCAUCCUUCAAAAUCAACCUGAAGAAAGAUUUCAAAUGCAAAAGAAUACCAGUAACAUUUAAUGUAAUCUCAGCCAGCAGAAAAUAACAAUAGACACUGUAGAGUAUAAAAAGACAUGUUUAGAUGAGUUAUACUUCACUGAUAGGAGGAAAUUCACUUCUUGCAUCAGCUCACGGUCAAUAAAAUAAUUAUGUAUGUAUAUUUUUUAUAAAUAAUUAUUUACCAUCAAUACUCUUUAUUUAGGUAUUCAGAUUUCUGCACUUUUCUGUACUCACAUUUUGCACAUUGUACACAUUUGCACAUCAAAUAUUUCUACUAUACUUUGUAUAUAUAUAUAUAUAUAUAUAUAUAUUAUUAUUAUUAUUAUUUUACUUAGUAAAUUCCUGUCUUUAUUUUUUAUGUUUUAUCUCUGAAUGCUUAAAGGCAUGGUUGACGAUCUGAGAAACAGUUGAAAAAAACUGAGCCAUUGAGGCAGAUUUGAAAAACGCGUCCCAACCCCCACACACAAACCUCUCCCCUCUGUGCUACCCCCCCCCCCCCCCCCCAAACUUGUAUCGCCCUCUCCACAACACACCCUCUCUUGCAGAGCAAGAAGCCGGCCGGCAGAAGAUCCUAGGCUAGCUUGAAAUAGGAUUCAUCAUGUCGGAUUGCGAGUGACUAGCGGCAGUAAACACCGCAGAGUCUAAUAAGACUUUAUGAAACAUGUGCCAUGUUAAAAGGCGAAAUUUACCUGUACAACAAAAACUCUGCUGUCUCGGCGUCUGUUUUCAGACCCAAAUCCUGGAGGAGCUUUCUCCACCGCUCGAAGGAUGACCCGAUGUUUAAUUUAAGAUUCCUCACUUGGUCACAUUUCCCCUUACACUCUGCCCUUUCUUCUGUCGGCUUGUGUUUCCUUUGCCCUUUUAGCAGUGAGGCAAGUAGAAGUGCUUUUUUUUUUUUGCAUCCUUCUCUAUCACAGCUACGCUACGCUACUUUUAGCCUCUUAGAGCUCCAAGGAGGGCCGGGAGAGUGGGAGGGGACAAGCCAGAACUGCAGGAGAGGGGUGUGUCAAAUACAGCGAGGUGAUUGGAUGGAGAGACGGAGCAGGAGAUUGACCUAAAGGAGCUGUCCAGGACGGAUUGCUCCCAUUGGUCAAUGUUUUUGCAGCCCUGCAUCUGCUAGGGUGAACGGAAUUUUUCCAUUCUUUUUUCUCUUCACUUUGUGGAGAUCACACGAUAGGACCAUGAUCGCCAUAUAAACGAGGUUCAUAAUAAUUACCGAUUUCUCCAAUCGUCAACCAUUGCCUUUAAAUGUGUCUAAGAUGUUUGUGAUGCACAAUACAGUUUUCUGUCAGGGAUUAAUGGAGUAUCUAUCCUUUCUGUCCCAUUCUGCUCUUUUCACCUGUGGAUAACUGUUUUUUCCACACGAAACUUGCACAAGGUUUUCUAAACACACACAGUCCAGCACAUUGGCAUAAACCUGGAGCAGAGCAGAGAAGUCUUGUCACACCCUGUCAGGAGUCUAUUUAGCAGAACCACCUGCUUCCUUUACCUCAUUAUGCUAGCUAUGAUUAUUAUGAGACAGUUAUUUCAUCUAUACAAUUGUCUUUUAGUGCUUCCAUUGAAAUUGCGUUUUUUUGUUGUACUUGCUGGCCAGUUAACAUUCAAUUUGACAUUUUAAUUAAUGUUAAACUGUUAUUAUUAUUUAGUUUUACCUUUAUAACUUGCAUCAAACUCCACAGUUUCAUUCAUGAUAAAGUCUAAACGUUGUCCUACCUUGUUGCAGUAAAUCACAUUUAACUUGCAUUUUCAUUGAACUCUAAAUGUAAAAAUACGAGCACCUGCCUAAGUCCUCUUUGUUAAUUUCCUGUUUACAUUUUGUUUUCUUCACUCACCUAAUAACACUGCCAAAGUCUGUACAAUGCUGUGCUACAAGUCUGUUUUUAAUUUAGCUGAUGCCCUUUUCACUCAAAUCUUUACAUUUGCUUUAACGUCUUCUGCUGGUUUCUGCCUGGUUUUCCUUUUCUGUCAUCUCUUGUCUGCUUGUAACUCCUCAGACGUUAGCCUGGUAGUUUCAUACAGUCCAAUAGAUUAAAAGUGGCUUUAAAAAUGUUGUUAGUAGGUGCUAUGAAAAAGCUUGCCUAAAUAACAAGCUAAAUAAUGCAAAAACUCAUUAUAGUAACCAUGAUUAAGUAAUGAUAGGGUAAUUAUACAGUAGGGAUAAAGCAUGUGCCAAUUAAAGAAUGCAAAGGUUUCCAUAGUCCCUAGAGCUAGUCUUGUUUAUGGUUUGGGUCAUAGCUUUGUCUUUCCUGUCAAGAGGGUCUACACCACUGAUGUCCACGAUGGGGACCUGCAGAGAAACCACAGCAGUAAGAAAGUCUUUUGCUAAAGGAAUACUUAGCAGUGAUUUGGUGAUUUUGACAAAUGGGUUAAAGGAGGUGUUACCUGUGUUCUCUCAUUCCUGUAAACCUCCUGGAUCACAGAAUUAACAGCAAUGAAGAGAAGAAAUCCAAUAUAGUCCUCUUACCUGGUGUAGACUUUUAUUAGAAAAGACUGCUAACUACAUCUCCUCAGUCCCUCUGGAGCUCAUGUGAAAGUCUGACGGCACUGAAAUGUUGUUUUCUUACAGUACAUGGUGAUACUUAGCAGGGUUAGUGUGCUGGAUGUCCUUCGGUUUCUGGAAGCGCUAACCCCUCCUUUAAAACAUAGUUUGGCAGCCAUAACAGAGCUUUGAGAAGUUUGGAGACAUCUUUCUCUGGUGGCACGUGUAGAAUAAGUCCCUCAGGUAAAAAAAUGCUUAUGUGCAGGGAGAGAGAGAGGAUAUUUUUAAAAAUCCCUUUGCAAAUUGGUUUCAAUCUGCUUGGCUGACCUUUACUCCAAACCACACUUCCAUAACAGAUUUGAUAAUUCAUAAAAACAAAGAAUCAGAGAUCAGUGGGCAGAAUAUUCUCGUGGGAAAGACUUUGGCAGAAAUUCAGGCAUUUUGAUGAAAUGACUGUUUCAAGCUGAGAACUCUCAACCACAUUUAAUGAGACAGUUUCACCUCACUUAGAAAUGUAUCUACCAAAUAAAACCAACAUUUUAAGAAUGGGGCACUCAGAUUAUAUCAAGAUAAAGUAAGUUUUCAUUUUGUUGGCGAACAAGUCCUCAAUUUUGGAGUUAUUUAAGCAGCCUCCUCCACAGUUUACUCUCUGCUCUUUUUAAUUGCUUGUUUUAAAUUGGGGGCGGCUGUGUCACGCUGAUUUAUGGUGGAUGUCGAUGCCUAUGGGGCUCUGACUCCUGCUCUGUUUCUGAGAACAUUUUCAGAGAGUCACAGGUUGUUAUCACCUCUGCAGGUCUGCAGGGAGAGACAGCAAAAGGCCGAAUGACCCAGAUGGAGAGUGAGGGUCAUCUGUGUUAAUAAGAGAGAGUCAGAAAGUAAAAUAAAUUACAGCAGACUCAGACUGGUCAGAGAAAAAUAUCACCCCCUGACUUUAUUUAAUGGGAGUUUUACUUUAUGAAGCGCAAAUCCUACCAGGCAGCAAAUGCCUCUGCAUAAACGACUGCACAGCCCACUACAUAAACAACUCUGACCUUAUAUGUACGACUGGUGCAGUAACAGGUCAUAUGACUCCCUGCUAAGGAGAUACUAUAGACUUUACCUACACCCACAUACACACAGACAUGCUCAGAAGUAUUGGAUCACUUAUACAGUCAAGACUGAGGCUGCUCAUUUGGUUUGUAAAUGUUGGCUGCUGAGAUAAGGCCUCACAGGAAGACUCUAGUAAAUGUCUGGAUUUUAAGAUCAUCCCUUAAAUGUCACCAGAGCUGGAUGAUGUGCUGUCAUAAAAUAUAAAAACAAACACAGUAAAUGCAGGACGGCUGCUGUGAGGAUGUUAUAGGACCAAUUUGCCUAUCGUAUGUAGGCCACAGUAUCUGUAAGCUCGCUUUUUAAACAUGCAAAGUGUUCACCUGAAAAAUUAAUAUGAAGGGAGAGUGCUGCUGCUGCUGCUGCUGGUUCUGUAUGGAGGCAUUCACAGGCGCUCAGUCAUCAUGAUACACCUCCUGUCUCUUCAAAACAAAGAGGCUGUGGUCCUCUCUCUCUCUCACUGCUGAAUAUGAAACACACUCUGGAGGACUGCCUUGGAAUAACACCUUAUCUGAAUUGUGCAAAAUCACUCUGACUAACAGCAACAGCUCAUUAGCACCCCAUUGUACAUCAGCUUUAAUUGUAGCACAGCAGAGCCAGCAGCUUUCGCCAGCAUCCAUUCUCAGUUUAUUACCAAACUCACAAUGGAGGAGAGGGUGUCCUGUGGAGCUGAAUGAUUAGUUCGAGGAGGACUUUUCAGCUUACUUUCUCUCAGAAACAAAAGUUUUUUCUAAAGACUGCUUAUAUUUUCUGAUCGCAGACUGAAGUCACAUGUGCUCAGGUUGUUAAAAUGGUUUGUAGAUUCGGUAGAAUGGUGAAAUGGCAUCAUCUAGUGGUAGUAAAAUGGUACUAGAACCUUUGAUUAAAAGUACAUAGCAUAAAACCUAGUUUACAUCAGUUGCAUAGGGGAGGUUUUCUGGGUGUUUCUUUUCAAUCAAUCAAUCAGUUUAUUUAUAAAGCACUCUUCAUACAUGGACUGUAUCACAAAGUGCUGCACAUUGGAUCUGUUUUUAUCUUCAUACAACCUUUUAUAGCUUAGUAAAGGAAAGCUUCUCUGUAAAAUUACAAUUUUGUCUUUGACAAAUGCUCCCCUCUUUUUUUUCUCCUGUUUCUGUUCUCUUGUUUUUCAGAGACAGCUGAUCAUUUAUUUUUCAAAUUGAUUUAUUGUUUAUCAGAUACUUUUACUCCAGCAGAGGGCAGCAGCAGACAUGAUGGAAACGCUGACCUCACUCAAUCUUUUCUGAUGAAUAAACAGUAACACGAGCACUCACCUAUCUGUCAGACAAACUAACCAUGCUCUUAAUUCUGCUCAAAUAUGCUCUUACCUUAACAAUGCUGAUGAGUUUUAAACCGCAAAUUAACAAUAUGGACUCUUAAACUUAUACCUAUGACCGAUUACAAUCUCAUACUCAUGGCUUGUACUGACAAGAUUACCUAUAUAUUUUUUUUACAUUUUUGUGUUGUGAAGUAUGUAGUUUAAGCUCACCUGACACUAUAUUAGAGCAGUGGUCAGUGCUGUCACCUCACAUUUAUUACAGGUCCUUUCAGUGGGAAGUCUGCGUAUUUUCCACAUGCAUGCAGGGCUUUUAGAGUCCUGGGUGCUCAUGAAGUCAGCUGCUGACUCUGAACUGCCUAUAGGUGUCAGUGUGAGUGUGUAGAGUUGCAUCUCUUUAUUUUAGCCUGGUGGAUGAUUGACAGCCUGUUUCCUGCCUCUCAUCCACUCCGCUUUCCAAAAAUGACAUUUCUGAUGACUUGUAAGAUUGGAUGAGUCAAAACGUGAGGACUUUUCCCCUCCUUUCUGAAUGCUUGCAGCACAAGUUUGAUAAGGUACAAUGGUGCUCUCCUCCUCUGAAACAGUAAAAAACAUCCACCCAGGUGACGCUAUUUUUCUCUGUCCGAUUGCUGCGGCUGUGAUUUUUCUUCGUCUCUGUUUGUCAUGACAGAUUUUGUGAACAGGUCAGUGGUUAGUGGGCUGUCACGUAAUACAAACUCAGAGGGCGCUAUGAAAUGAAGAAGUUUAAGUCAAAGUCCAGAAUGUGAGUAAUCAACAUCUGCAAAAUGAAAAAUAAAACUAGCAGAUUAGGGUGAAAAUGCUGAAAGUAAAUGGGAAAAUGAAGACUGUACUAUUUUACCUUCCUAUCAUUAGUGUGCCAAAAAAUCUACCUAGGUUUGAAAUUCUUCUUGCAUAAAAAACACUAUUGAUGAGUUGUCUCUCAUCACCAAAUGAAUCAAACUUGUCAGAGAAGAUUUUUUUUUAUGUCAGCUUCAUUUCCUUUUAUAUUAUUUACCUUAAGAAAUCAUGAUUCAGCCAUAGGGUAGAGUUAACAUUGACUGAGUCAAAGCUUCCUUAACGCUCUCUUCCAGUGAUCAACAUCGAGCUGAACAAACCACAGGAGCCGCAGACGACUGAAGGCGGCUGUUCCUGUUAAUACUGUCCUGGAAAGAAUCGAUCAUUUACACCACCUGCUUGUUAUGUUGCUUCCUAUUGGUUAACCUGCAGUUGACUUUGCACGUUGAGAAUCUGGCCUCCUCACCUGACUGACUACUGGUCAUCUGUUGGAACUAGCAAUAUGUGAAUUUGCUUCUAAAGUAGUGUAGCCUACUUUGUUAAUGAAACUGCCAAAAAGUCUGACAACUUGCAAAAAAAAAGGAAAGAAAAAGAAGUUUAAAAAAGAUUCCCAAGUUGAGAAUGUGGAUACAGUUUUUUUAAGUCGAAAAGGAAGUUUCCCCAGUUUCUUUUUUGUAUAUUUUUGUAUAUUCAGGGAAAUCUCUCUGGAAAGGUUGUUUUUUUAAAAGAUGCAGAAAACUGAGCUCUGUAUUUCAGAGCUUGAUUCGAGCAGGUGGUUUGGGCGCAUUUUUAUGGAUCUGACUUAUGAUAGAGGAAAACUGAGGCCCUCUUGACAUUACUGCCCACAUGUAACUCUUUCCUAACCCCUACCCGAGUCAUACAUGAAAUCAUACACACACUUAUUACCUGAACAUUUUCCUCCCUUCAACCCUGCUUCUCAUGAUUAGGGGGCCUCCUGUCAAAGUGGGAUCCAUUCUUUUGCGUUCCAGACAUCACAGGAAAAAGUGAAGAUUAACAUCAUGAGUAUCUUAUGCAUGCCUAGUUUUUCCAGCAUAGGUACUGAUUACAAGUGUACACAAAUAUGUAAAAGGUAACACCAGUGACUUCAUGAACUCUGAUUAUGAUUAGUCCAAGUCUUUUUGUUCCUGAAAACUGUUGAACUGGAUUUGUAUACUUGACUUCAGAAUAUCUUUUUGUGGUUUGUGCGUGUAAAUGUGAGCUUUCUGUAUAGGCAACAUUAGAAUGCAGCUGUAUAGAGGGCCACUGCCAAGUCGUGUCAUUAUCGCCACAUCACGGCACCUUUUAGGCCACCAUUAGUCUGCUGGAUGUCGAAGGCUCUGUUCAGACUGCUGGCCCAAAUCUGGCAGAUCCAGAUUGUAUUUUAAGGUUUAGACAUGAUGUUUGUUUUAACAAAUCUGCUGGAUUUAUGUGUCUCAGAUUGGGAGUACGUUCUCCAUUUUUCUUAGUGCAGCAGGAAAAAAAAAGGCAAUGAAUACAGAGAGGUGCACUCUGGUACCAAUACAGUGCAAGCAGAUUGUGGGAAAAUAUACAUUCAGUUGUUUGUUGUCUUUAGCAGGUGACUGUCUAACCCGUGUUUGGUUCUUCUCCUGUUCAAAGGACGUUUCACAUUUCCACUUCAACUUCUACUCAUGGUGGAUUAAGAUGGGAUAUGAGUGGGUCUAAUCUAACUCGGUGAGAUUUAAUCAUGCCUUAACUUUUGUUGGCUCUUGGUUAAAAAUAAAACAGAGCACGGUUUAGACUAGCUCAAUUUGAAUUGGGGCUAAAGUGUAUGACGUAUAUGGAAAUGUGAACAGCAGUUGAUCCUCUGCACAGUUCUCCUCAGGGGCACAUUGAGAAGGAUUAAAAGAAUUCCAGAAAUGCUCUUAUCAAAAUAUUAAAUCAAAAAGCUUAAUUGACAAUUUUAUUAACAGCUGUGUUUGCAAAACUGGAUCAACUGAAACUGAGCUUCACUCAUCCUGUGGAGAAAUAAUAGUGAGAUUAAGAGGUAAAGCUGAUCAGUCUGCAAACUGACUCUGUCAGGAUUAAUAAACAUGUUUGGGGAUUUGUGUAGAAACAAAUGUCUUCAUCUUUCAUGACAACAUGUCUUUUAAAUAAAGCCUUGCAGCCAGAGUAGACCUUCCUCAUAGUCUCUGUGAGGGAUCGGUCUAUUGCAUUCAAAUUUAUGUAAACUCCAAAGCUGCUUCACCUGUUUGUCAGAGUGACUGCGACUAACCAGAACCCUCUUCUUGGGCAGUGUCAGCUUUUUUUUACCCAGUCAUUUAUAGGACAGACAAACAAGCUUGUUGUGAUUACUUUUUAAUACUCCCAUGGGUAAUCUGAUAGAAAAUAAAAUAAAAAACCUACACCGCUAAUGCUCACAAGCAGCUGACAUGGCAGAAUGGACAGAAGUAAGUAUAAGCUAUGUCUUUGCUGCGAAACCUUUUUCAGAAACCCCUGAAUUAACCCCUGGAGUCUGUGUGUCUUUGUGAGAUCUAAUCUGAAAAACAAACCUGGUUUUCCUGCAGUCUGAACAAAGCUUUCAAGUCUUCGCUCACAACAAUAUGACAUCUGCCGUUUAAUCGUGUGAUAUCUUGUAGUUGUGAUCAUGGUAGUCUGCACAUCGGCUGUAAAUGAGCAGCUGGGAACCAUAACUCUUGCCUUGUUGUCACAGAGGGACCUGAGGUCCUCUGUGUGGUGAUCUGUAGACUUAAAUGCAGGUUCUGUGAUCAAACAGACCUCUAACAUUGUAAAUCAGUGCUUUGAUUCAUUCAGACAGAAGACUAAUUUGCACAUGUAGACAUUUCAGGUGAAUAUGAAGUUAUGAAAGGCUUCAUUGUAAAUAUCUAGUCACUUGAUUGUCACGUAACAUGUCCCCACUGAAUGAGCUCUUCUUUUUGCUGCUUGUGUUUAAACUGACUACUGAUGUUGGCGUUAUGCAAUGUUCUUUAAUUUAAUUCCUCUUUUUGUUUUUCUUAGAGCCAGGUAUCACAAGAGUGGAGAACACUACUUUGACUUGUCUUUGAAGUGAAACCCUACUGCACUUUUUAAGAACACGUUUUAGAGUUAGAGUGAAAAUGUAAAACUUGAAAAAAGGUUAAAAAAACAAAAGAAGAACAUUCAUCCCCAGAACAUUUGAAGUACUGUCAUGUUGUUGUGGACUCAGAUGUUUAUAAAUUGUUCCAACCAAAGACUGUAUGUAAAGAUGGACUCCACCUCCUCCCACUGGACAAAAGUGAUGCUAAAAUUGCCAAACGCUCCUUUUUUUGGAUGCUGAAUUAGCUCUGGAUCUGCAGUAUUACCAGGCUGCUGGAUUUUGUAGGGGCAAUAAGGGGCAGAUGCAACCUUCAUCGUAGUUCACCAUGUUUCAAGUGCUUGGAAUGUAACGUUUAUUUAUUCUGACAGGUCCUGAAACUCUGCUUCUGUCUGAUCCAGCUAUAAUCAUGCUCAAAAAUUGGAGGCUUACCUCAGCAUAAGACAUAAAGUAUUCCUAGGGAAGCUUCUAAUUCUUGAAAGUUGAUUGACUCUUGUUUAGUUUGUUGUGUUUUCCCUCGCUGUAGCUGCAAUACAUGGCUUUGCAGGAUUUGUGAAUAAAGCUGUCAGUCACCCCAUUUUCAGCAUCAAAUAACCAAUUCCAACUAAACUUCUCAGAAAAUAAAUUAUUUGGAUGUAAAUAAGCAUAGAUAAAAAUAGACUACAAUGACAGAAACUAUGUGUAAAAAAUAAUUUCACAGUUGAAUUUUGCCUCAUGUCCCAUCUGUUUGCAUGGAGGAGGCGGGCUUGAAGACCUGUUCUACAGCCGGUCACUAGAGGAGCUCCAAAUACUUUGCGUCACUUUUGAGGGAGCUUUUAUGUGGUCCAUCUUUUUAAACAGUCUUUAGUUCACACAUGUUAAAAAACAGGGGAGAGCACUCUUGUAGAAACUAGCGAGCCUUUUGAGGCCACUUAAUGAACCAAAUACUGAAAAUACUGAGAGCUGGAGCAGAUUUUACAGGAGAUGACAGCUAGAGCACACUUUGCAAGACAAAUGUGAUAGAGUCAAGGUUGUGUAUCAAGCAAAGAUCCCUCAAAAAGAAAAGAAAGUACUGUACUGAACCCUUUGUGUUUGCUGCCUAUUUGUUAUUGUAAAACAGGAAUGUACUCUUCUCUUUACUGACACUGAGAUUACUGAGAAAUAACUCAGUCGGUUUUUAUUGUUCAUAAGGAGAUAACGACUAACCAGUAACUAAAGGUGUUCCCUCUGUAGUAGUGCUCCUUACAUUUGAAAUCAGAGUCCACUCAUACUCAUUUUCACACUCCCUGUAAAUGGACCAAGCAGUGCAACAAAUGUCUGCAGUUUGAGGUUGGGAGGGGUGUGUGUGUGACCUGUCACAGCUCUGUGCAGCAGACCUGAUCAGUCCAGAGCUGGCUCUCCAUUCACACUGUACAGAGAUUUAGCAUGUCUCUCCAAAUGAUUAAUAAAGAUGUCUUAUUACCAAAUCA